GCUGACGUCAGCUGGCAGCCUGGGCUGAGCUCGCGGCUCCGGACAUAGCGCCGAGAAAAAUGCUGCUCUCCGUACCGCCAAGGGCAGGAAUCAACCCAUACAACGGCUAUAACAGCAGAAACAGCAAAAAGGUAAACCUUUUCGGGAUUUUCCACUGUUUUUGGCUUGUUGGUGUUGCAGGACAAGUCGCCCGCGUCCGUCGCCACAUAAAAGGCUUGUGACAGUGAGCUGCAGUGUCCUUGAAAAGCGAAACGUACUGAAUUUAACUUAAGACUUGGUGGAGUGAAAACACAGCCAAGAAGGCUGCUGCCUGGCUGCGUGAGUCUAUGUGUGUAUGUGUAGGUGGGAAAUGAGCUCGCGCUCGGUCCUGUCAUGUUUGCCGCCUGGUGUUUUUAGUGUUUGUGCGUGUGUGUGUGUAGUACAGUAAAGGAUGUCGAUAGGGCUCUGCUCACUCAUUAGAAAAAAGUCAAUGCUGGAGAGCAACUUUUAUGGGUAACUGUGCCGCGUCGGGAUAGCGCGUCCGUGCUGGACGUGUUUGUGGAAGUGGGGGUAGGGUGAGAGGAGGCAGGACGAGAGCGAAACAUGGUCUAAAAAAUGAUUCUUGCAUCUUUUCUCCGGAGAGCCCAGGACUCUUAUUUCUGGUGUUAAAUCAGGUCUUCGUUGUCUCUGCCGCUGCUGCGUAAGUUUGCAAAGUUUUUUUUCUCCUUGUUUCCCAUCUGAAAGCGGAAUAUGCCCCACCCCUCGAAAAAUCCCACCAGACCUUCAGGACUACAUUCCCAGAAUUAUGAAUCGCGCUCUCCUGGUUGCAUUCAAUGUCGACUUUGUCACCUUUACGGAGCGGUAUUUGAUGGAGACCGAACAUCAAAUUGAGUAUUUUUUUAAAUUCGGAAUAGGUUUAUAUACUACAUUAUUCGAUUAACCGAUGUCAAAGCUGAAACCUUACUUGUAAAAAAGAACUUUUCUCUGCCUCGUCAAACCUAUUACUUUAGUUGUGGCCUUACAGAGGUUACUGUAUUUUGAGUUUCCUCUCUAUCGACCAUGAUGUGACACAGAGGUUGAUAAAAUAUAUUAAUAAACUGUGAUUUUCUCUCUACCGGAUUCCCCGCAGCUCUGUCUGCUGAGUCUCAUUUCACAGUGUGUGUUGCUGCCUCUGACUGACAUUUUAAAAAUGUAUAUGCGCAUAUUGUCUUCCUGUGAUCUUGGGCACCGCCUGGCUGCUCAUCCUUCCAGAUCUGAUGUCAACACUCGUGCCUGUCUGAGGAGAACAGCAUUGUUUGAAUUGUUUGCUCUACAUGCGCGCGCACACACACACACACACACACACACACACACACACACACACACACUGCAGUUUUAUGAACUAAUAUUGCAAUUUUUCACUAAGUAGACCCAUACAUUUAUAUGUCAUUUGUAAUUUGAGCUCUUACUUGGCCAGAGCUUGUUUACUGCCGUGAGGAGACCAUUUGAAAGCCAUUUUUUCCUCCGCUAUCAAAGCAAACCAUUUUUAGCUCAGCAGGGACAUAUUAAAAAAAACACUGAGCUUCACUUUUCAAAAAGAAGCUCUUGAUGAGCUAUCAGAGGAAAAGUUUUGUGAGUGUCAUCUCUGCCACUUUCACAGUUUUAAUUUGGUCUCUCGUUUGUGGUUUAAGGUGUAAUAGAUGUAUGAGAUAUGACAACUGGUGAAUUUUCUUGGAAACCAUUUGAUGAAGCUAUUGAAGGUAUUUAAGUAUGUUGAACAUUAGCACUCCACAGUAUAGAUGGCAAUUACAGUACUAGCAUUUGCUCUUUUCCCAAUUUUUUUAUACAAGGAGUUAUUUAUAUCCUGAAUGACAGGGCUACAGACGUUACUACUUAAAUCACUUUGUUGUUUUAAGUGUAUGUUACGAAUACCAGGACAGGAUGGGGGGGCUGAGGGUCUAGUUGGCUUGACCAGUAAGAAUAAGUAGGUAGACCUCAUUAAAUGCACACAACAUCAUAUACGAGCGCCACUCUUGCAGUUGGUUUAUUGUGCUCAGCCAGUUGCUGUAGCGUCUGGCUCAACAUAUGACAAUCUCACUUGGCACACACAAGCUGUUUAGUUUCUUAAUUUCAAGACAGCAUCAUCACCAGGUGAAAUAAAAUGGAAUAAAAGGAAAGGUGGAGCAGAGAGGGAGUGAAUUAGAAAGUUGAAGGCCCUUGCAGUGGACGCAGUGAAAUGCAACAAAAUGAGUUACAUGUUCACUAGUUAUGAGUCAGGUUAGUCUACACAUGCCCAUUAUAUUUAGCUCAGUUGCUGUUUUAACAACAGCACGUAAAAAGAAAUCCUGCGAGCUACACAGUGGGCAUGUCUCUCCAUGGAGAAGCAAAAUCUUAGCAAUAAUGGACCCAACAGAAUAAGGAUAAAACACUGAAGGUGGUGAGGUUCAACUACAAAAGCUAAUGAAAGUGCAAACACAGUGAAGCUUAAAGCUAACUAAUGAACCACAGUAAGUUAAGUUGCUCCAAAACAGCAGUGGAAUGAAUAAAACAGCUGGAGUACAUUCACAUUUGCCUUGAAUCAAGAUUGUUGCUCAGUUGUUUUUUCUUUUUUUUGUUAAACUCAAACACAAUGCUGAUCAGUAUAGGGUGACUGGAGAAUAUAUUUUUGUGUAUACUGCUGUCUGUGGCAGCUUUGGCCAAGAAAGGAGUUAAACUCCUGGCCUGAAUUAUUACCUCAGUCCAUCCCUGUUGUCAACUAUCAAAAAAGCCAAUCACUUCACUAGUCGAUAGAUCAGCCAGAAUUUUUAAAAGAAAAAAAGAAAAGAAAAAAAAAAAUCCACCGUCUUAUAUAUAAAUGUUUUCUUGAAAUGGAUAACACAAACCAACUCAUUUUGGUUUUACUGUAACACUUAUUGACAAUUAUAACAAUUUUCUUAUGUUAUAUUGACCAAACUCACUGAUUAUUAGAAUUAUAACCCACAGAUUAUGCAUACAGUAUAUUAGGCAGACUAGCCAUUUUACAUUUGUCUACUAAAGUGCAAUCUGCAUUUAUGGGACUGGACUAUAUUAAAACAGAAUUGUUUGUUUGCAACCCUUUAAGCCUUGUUACACUUCUUGGGUCACAGACACCAAUUCCCGCCUGUCACUACCUCCUGCAUAAUGAUUGGCCUCGGCAUCUUGCCCCUGUGUUUAUUUCACAAGGUUAAAAAAAACACUAUUAAGCACCAGCACUAUUGUUUUAAAUUUAUUGGUGAAUCACAUACAGUCUGAACUUUUUUGGUAUUAUGCUCAUUUGGCUAUAUUUGUUACGACUGUCACAAAACCAAAACAAACUGGCAGGAAAAUAUGGCCUUGAUUGACCUAUCUUCAAAUAUUAAAAACAAGCACUCACCUUUACAUAUUUUGUUGGGGAGUGCCAUAAUAGCAUUAUUUCAGUGUUGAAGAUUUAGCGGAAUGUCACUACUUUAAUGCAUUCUCAGUAAACAUUGGAGCGAAAAUACUAUUCUCCGAUCAGACCAAAAACCCUUAAGAAAAGUAAGAAAAGGAGGAAUAGGAAUAAAAACAAAAAACUUGAGAGAUACAACACAGUGGUUAUAACAUAGACCAGUUAACUCAAUCAUGCCUUAGUCCCUUAUUGCUAAUUGUCUAUCAGUGAUCAAAUUGAAGAAGAAUUAAUUAAUUUAUUGGUUGAACCGAAUAAAUAAAAUUUGAAGGACUCUAUUAACAGUAUCAGGAAAGGUUACGUGUUGCAGUGGCAGCAGAUUAUGUUGUAAAAACUGGACCACCUCGUACACUUCAGAGGGUAUGAGGACAGGAAGUGUUGCAUGUGUGCUGUAAACACUGUGAAGCCCUUUAUCUUGACUAAAUACAUUAAGAAUGUAGAACAUACAUUCUUGUGUUGUUUUAGUGGUCUCAAGCUCUUCCAAAGUUCAUCCAAAGGUCAAGUUCCUGUGUUGUGAUUUUUAACAUUUCCUCCGCCCACCUCCAUCUCCUCCUCACUUUCUGUUAUCUCUCUCUCACUCACACACACACAUACACUCUGCCAUACCUGAGCUGCGUUGAGUACACAAAAUAAAAAUCUCAUUGCAAAAUAAAUACGCAGCUGGGUGAGAAAAGCGCUCUCUGCAUCUGCCAGGUGAAUACCAACCCUGACGUCCAAAUGGGGUCUGGUUUCUGUUGCCCUUAAAGCCAGCCGCUCCUUCACUGACUCAGCACCUCAUUUCCUCCUCAAACUAACAGAAAUAAUGUCUUCAAAUUUAAUUUACAUGAUUUACGUGUCGAACUCUCUAAAUGGAAAAAUGACAGAAGGCGGUUUGUCGCAUGGCACACUCAGGGCUUUGUCACAUGGCUUCUUGUUGUACUUGUCAACUGAUUUAUAUUUCGUCUUGGCCUUUGAACAAAUGUCAUCCUGUUGCUAAAAGUUACAGAUCCAGAUGCAUUGACACAUACAUAAGAGAUCAUGGGGAGUAAUAUAAAAAGAAAUGAGAAGAAAACAUCAGCUCAUGCAGUAAGUUGUUGCAUGUUGUAAAGGGUUGCACUAAAAACUCCAAGUGAGGUUUCCCACCCUUUCUCUACCACCCCCAGAAGCUUUCAGACGUCACCAGUGUUACAUAAUUCUUGCCUCAUGUGAACCAAGACUUUUAUUAAUAUAUGAGUGCAUUUGACAACAAUCACAGUCUGACUGAUGUUUUUGGCAGCAGUAGGAUUAAAACAAAAGGAGAAGUUUGUUUAGAGUUUUGCAAAUGGAGCAAAGAAAUGUCUUUUUUUUUCCACGUCAAAUAAUAAUAAUAAAAAGAAUCACGUACUCGGUUGGUAUGGUUGGUAAGCAUGGUUUGUAGCGUUUCAGAUCUUGUGCUUGGCCUGUCAACAUUGAUUAGUUUUUGUUGGUCAAGGGAUUUGCUUCAUGUUUCAAAAAAAUGUUUAAAAAACAAAAAGUGGCUGUGUAAAUUUUUUAAAUCUGAUCUGAUGCAACAAAUCCAGUAAAAAUACACGAACAAGGAAACUUUUCAAUCAGGAGGGUGUUUUGUAAGCAAGUGUAAGCUUUAACAGUGAAGUCAAUUCAUAUGUGUUAACUAUUACAGUGAACUGUCUCUAAGUUAAGCUAAAAAAAUGUGUUUAUAGAAUUUAUACAGAGAACUAUUCACAAAGUGUUGACAGGUUCAUAUGUACAAGUUUAAAUGCUUUUCUCUGCAGCUGUUUGUUAGGGUUAGCAGAAUGUGUUUCUGAGGUUCAUUUACAUUUAUUUUGAGGUCCUAGCCUCUGAUUGGUAAGUGCUGUGACAUGUGAUCAGGGUUGUCCAGGAUGUUAGGUUUUUGGGGUUAUAUUGUGGGGAUGACAAGAUAGCUGAAGAGUAAAAGUGCUGCUAAGAAAGUUAUCCGUCUCCAUUCUGCUGUUUCUCAUCAUUAGAAUUAUCCAACCACCUUACAUCGAACCUUCACAUUACACAAGCAUUAAUUCAUCUCAACACUAAAGGUGAGAGCAUCCUACAGCCUGCAAAGAGUAAAUGCUUAUUUGUCUAAGAUAUUUUGGGCUGGUUAAUAUGAAUAUUCAGCAAAAUUAUGAGCCAAAACGCUAAACUACAACCUCAGAUCUGUCAGAUCUGGUUCAAGUAAAAAAAAAAAAGGCUAAAGGACAACAUAGUUUUGUUUUUUGGUGAUAAGAAGGACAAAUGUGGUGACACAUCAAAAUCCAGGAGAGAAAGUAAGCAGGUGUUGUGCUGCAGAAUGCACCCCCUGCAUCCCAUCCACUCAUUAGCUUCUUAAAGUGGAAGAAAAUGAUCUCAUAUUUAAAAAAACACGAGUAUUGGAUUAUGACAACAUGUCAAACGGAGCAGCAAACUUUCGCUCUGUUUUUAUCUGUCUCAAAAAUGCACAUAUAGAGGUGUACUUUGGUAUAUAAGCUGUCAAUGUAGAGAACAUUAUAAUUUCGGCUUAUCUGAAUAGCCUGAAAGAAAUCAUUAAAGGCCCACGCUUUUGACUCCAUCCAACGGUAAGGAAAACUUGGAUUAUUUUUUUCCUUCCUUGUUAUGUAUUUUCAACAGCGCUCCCAUCAGGGUGUGCAUUCUACGACAGGGGUGCAUUCUACGGCACAAGACCGCAGCAGUGCGUCGUACUGGAAAGACAUAAGCAGAGGUUUACAGUUGGUACGCAAAGGUACGCAAACUUUCCCCCCUGCAAUGUAUGUAGGCUACAUUUGCUCACCGUGUUGCCGCACGUCAGUCUGCACUCCUCAUUGUAACUGUAGUAAUCCGAUAGGAUCAUGCUGCUUACGAGUGAGUCAUAUUUGCUUCUGCGAAUAAACAAACUCCGGUAGUGAGACCGCUCAGUAAUUGGAUCUUUGAUUCAAUCUUUUGAUUGGACGCUGGUUGCCUAGGCGCUGGGGAUCACCUUCCGCCUUUUGCGGAAGGAGGGAACUUUGAAAGAGACAGCUGCUUGAAUUUUAAUGCAGAAAUAAAACAAAAAUGCAGAGAAAUUUUGAUUUUAUGUUCAAGAGAAAGAGAGAUGCAGCAGAUGAUGAUACUGUGGCUUCAGAGUUAGCACCUUUUUAAACUUGGGUGUGCUCCUCUUGUACAAAGCCUACGGGUACAGUACCCCAGUACCUGCAAGAACCUUAGCCUACUUUCACCCCUGAUCUCUAACAUGUUUUCCUACAGAAACAAAUAAAAAGGCUGUUAACAUGGCAGGCUGCAGCAAUACACUUAUUUGAGACUACGACUCUGAGCUUGUAGUUGUUGUUUUGAAUUAAAUAUUCUUACAGGAUAUUGCUUUUAGAAAAUCUUUAUUCUGGCCCAGUGUAAUCUGAAAAGUCAUCAGUUGUGUCAAAUGUCAGAUGUCAAGUGUCCUCGAAAUGCUCCAAUGAGAGGAUUUUUCCAGACAGUCCCUGAUUGUAUCUGUAUCACCCCACAGCAGUCGAGUUGUUUUGACAACGAAAAAAAAAAAGCAAACUAAAUUCUCAGUAUGAUUGAUUAAUGUCCCUGCAGUUUGCUCAAACAUGAUACAAGCCAGUGCAAGGAGAUUUUCCCUUCAUACUGACGUGAUCUGACACAAAUCAAGGAAGGCUACCAGUAAAAAAGUAAGUGGUGGAACUUUUUGAAGCUGUUGACAGUUUUGUGUUCCUGACAUUAUCUGUAAUAGAUUUGCAAAAAUGUGGAAAACUAAUCAGGCUCUUAUGACAGAGAUUGGACAGCAAGGCACCAGAUUUACCAUCCAAGCACCCAUUAAACACCCAUUCAUGGCAUCGAAGCUAGUCUACAACAUCUGUAAUCUAAUGGUGAUGAUUGACAAAAAUCCUAUUUCACAGAGAUAGACUUCUCAAAUAUAAUGUGUGACUUUGUUCCAGUUUGAUGCAGAGCACAUGUAUUUUCAUCAGUGUUACAUUACAAAGUUUCAUCUUAAACCUUGCAGCUUUAUCAGUUAAUAUUUCAUGAAUAAUUGUUGUGAGCACCUCCCUUCGUCAACAAUUGUAUAGCAGGGAUAUUCUGCAAAGUUAGUGAGCUAUUUCACCUUUAUGCUAGCUUCCUUUUUGUUAAACAGCGUGUUUACUUUAAAGUGUGGUUGAGUCUCUUGGCUCUGAUUGGCUAGUGUUUUCAUCUGAAUAGCUCUGAUCGCAUAACAGCAAAACUCAACCUGCGUGGUAUCUAAUGGCUAAUAGAGAUAUAGAGAGUGACAAUGCUGGAUCUUUUAAUCCAACAUUUUAAUACUGGAAUUCUGAUUUCCUAUCCUGGGGAAGAUCUGGGGUUUCAUUUGGAAGACUCAGUGAAAAUCAUUCUGCAACUUUGUAUACACUUAAAACACGGAAAGCACCAGCUCAACAAAAACAACCCAGAUCAAUAAAACUCUGCGCUCACACACUUUCAGGCAUUGCUCCCUUUAUAAAUCACAAUCCACCUCGAAAUAUUGCUCGUAGUUUACUUCCCAGUGACACAAAAUUAAGGACAGAUUUGAAUUUUGUUUCUGACAGCAGGAAGGUUGCAAAUAAAAACUGGUCCUUCGGUAUAGCCACUGUAGCCAUGAUUUAUAAUCACACAGGAGUGUCACUAAAGUGUAUAUAUGCUUAUAGGACACAUAUUAAAUUAUUCACAUCACAUUUGAGGCUGUGCAAUGUGGAUAAAAAAAAGUUUCGAGGUUUUCACUUUACAGAAAAAAUUACUGACCACUUGGACAAAUUUGCAUGAUUGAAAAAUUGACAAGUAAAUAAAACUAGGUCUCAAAGUGAUGAAGGAGGAUUAUCACUUUGAUGCUGAAAUGUUAAGUACAUCAGUCUUCACUGCGAUGCGAGUGUAGUCAUGCAGAAGAGGAACAAUCAGAAGUGGUAUUUGAAGACAGUACCCUUACACUACACGGCUUAUUCUCUUGCGACAACAGCUCUAUGAACUCAGAAAGUGUGAGAGCUGAAGGAUUAGUUAGCAGUGCAGCACUCAGUCUUCACCAUCUUAUCACGUCAGUUGUUGUUUCUGCCUCUGCACAUGAAUUCUUCCAAGGACAGGGAAGUUAUGACAGAUGCAUUUGUGAAAUGUCUCUGUUUUAGCAUUCAAGUUUCCUCUAGGCUGAGACACAUUUAUUUACACUUUUGUAACUUAAACCUGUCUGGUUUACUUUUCUGUCUGUUGCCUUUAAAUCAAAGUCAGCCCUUGCAGACUGACAACUGCGUACAUGUCCAUGAGCUUGUAGAUGUUUGUGUGUUUGUUUUGCUGGAACUGAACUGGCAGAUCUCAGCAGACUGGUAACUUAGAAAGGACAUCUUGCCUCGAAAAGAGUUGACAGGUAAAAUGAUUUACUAUGAAUUCUGGCUUCUAUUGGAGAUGGUUUAAAGGGAUAUUCUGGCGUAAAAUUAAUUUAGGGUCAAACACACCAUAACUCCGAGUUAGACAUCCUCUUGAGAGAUGAAUGUUGCCGACUGCUUGCUUCUCUAGUUAUACCAGUGAUUCUCAAGUCCAGUCCUCGAGGCCCACUGUCCUGCAUGUUUUGGAUGUUUCCCUGCUCCAACACACCUGAUUCAAAUGAUUAGCUCAUUAUUAAGCCAUUACAAAGCUUGAUAACGAGCUGAUCAUUUGAAUCAGAUGUGUUGGAGCAGGGAAAUGUCCAAAAUGUGCAGGACAGUGGGCCUCGAGGACUGGACAUGAGAACCACUGAGUUAUACCAACUUGAGUAACGAUUGCACGAUAGCAAUACACAGCAGUCUGAGGAGCCAUAAACAAACCUCAACCAAAACGCCACUCUAUAGCCACAAAUAAUGUUCAGAACAGCACCUAACUUCAUCAACAGUACAUAUAGGGUCCCAGCCAUAGUACUAGCCACCAAACAUCUUUUUAACUUUGCCUGAUUUCUUUAGCAAAGAGACUAAACACAACUCACCUACUCUCUUCCAGCAGCCGCUUGUUUGUAGCGAGACCUCAGGCCAGUCCAUUACGGACUACAGCAGGGUGACGCAGCUCAAGGAAGAACAUUUAUGAUCAUUUCUUCAUCAUUUCCUUGAAGUAAUAAUCACCAUAGUAUUUAUUUUGCACUGCAGAGGCGGUAGAGGGUGUGUCUAACUCGGUGUUAUGGUGUGUUUGACCCUAAAUCAAUUUUAGACCGGAGUAUCCCUCAAAGUCAGACUAUGAUCAGAUUUGUUGUUUUGUAUUUCACUUUAAAAGCUUGAACCACCCAAAUCAGUGUUGAGUUUGUCUCUUAGGUCACAUGCAAUGUGACACAAGAAGAGGACAUCAAAUUGAGAGCGAAAGAAGUAUCAGAAUCCAUGCCGCUGUAGCAGCUAGCUUGCUUAGUUUCUCUGGUGUGAUGAAGGCGUUUCGAACAGAUUUCUCUUCUAGGGUAAAACGGUGGAUCCCUACCUCCUGAACUUCAAUAAAAACUGCUCCUCUUGGUUACCAAUGGUUAUGCUGUCACCACAGUAACACACGAUGAUAGGUUGUUAUGUCAUGACACAGUAAUCUGAUCUGAUCACUUGCAAAUAACUGAGGACACAGUCUGUCUUAAAGAUGUGAUUUGAGAAACAAAUUGAAUUUGCCCUCAGUCAGAACAAGGCCAUGAGACUUUAUUCUGUCAUCCAUCUGAUCUAUCUAAUAAGAGAACUCCCCAAAUAUUGGGCUUUUGUUCAUCAGACAGACAUAAACAUCCAUCUAAUGGGCUAAUCAUUGUGCUGUGUGAGUGUGUGAGUGGGUGUGUGGGUGUGUGGGUUAGGUCUGUUGAUCUGUUUUGGUGUUCUGUUUCCUCUGCUGGUCAAAGUCUAAAUGAAUAACUGCAGGUUAAAGCAAGGAGCAAAAUGCAGCGUCACAACCAAUUGUUAUAUUGGCCUAUUUUCCAGUGGCUGUUUAAGGUGGCAUUGUUAGGUUGUUGUUGUUCUGGGUCUGCCUCACUGUUUUGUAUACGAAGUAAGAAGACAGAAUUGGGGACAUCUUGGUGCCAUAAAGACAACAAUGCAAUGAAACCACAGAAUCAAUGUCUGUGUAAACCGUCAAGCUGACAGGACGGGACAGUGGGGACAGUGCUGUGAGGGUUUCCCAAUUCAAUCCAAACCGCUUUAUUUAAAAAAAAAAACAUUCAAUUUUACCAAAGCGCUGCACUGUAACAUUUAAAGAAAUCAAGAGGAAAUAAAUAAAAGCAGGUAAAAAACAUAUAAAAUAAAAUUAAUGAAAUAUUAACACAAAAGCAUAAAAGAAAUAAGAAAUAAAAGGAUAGAAAUCACACAACUCUCAUGCUGAGCUGAAAGCCAAGGAAUAAAAAUGAGUUUUAAGAUGUGAUUUAAAGGUAGAAAUAGUGGGGGAUGUUUUAAUCCCAAGUGGCAAUUCAUUCCACAGUUUGGGAGCCACUGCCGAGAAAGUUAUGUUGCCAUGGGUUUUCAAACAAGUUUUAGGUUUUUUAUGUAGCUCUGUGAAUAAUCAGGCGCUUAAGCCCCUUUUACUGAUGCUCAAAACUACAAAAAACAACCUUUUUGCCUGAUUCCUUCCUUGAUUCAUGUCUCUUGGAUGCAAUAUAACAUGAAAUGAAGCAAGUUAGACAUUCAGGUGUUCAAAUAAAUAAGCCAGUGAACAAUUUCAUUCACGCCUAGUGUGAACACACACAACAUGAGGUAAAAUUCAAAGUACAUGAGUGGACAGAGUCGUUCUGUUCAUGUUGAGUAGAGUUUCUCUGGAAUUCGGGUUUGUUUUAAUGUAUUUUUUGCGAAUUUAAUAAUACCAGUAACACAUUAAAUGAAUUUGAGUCAGUCAAGGGUGAAGCUCAUGUUACGAAAGGAUGAAAAUGGAUCUAUGAGCAAAUUUUGUUAGUUUUUCUUCUAAAAAAAUGCAGAAGGUAGCAGGUACACAUCAAAUAUCCUGUCUUUUACUUAUGAAUUAACUCCUCAACAGGAACGACACAACAUACGCUUGCCUACUUAGCUACUUUUGUGUUUUUGUAUUAAACCAGCUCUUCCACUGUAGCGAGUCUAUCCUCGCUGAACUCUUAAAGUCACCUUUGUACCUCUGGCUCUCCGCCAGGUAUAUGUUUGUCUAUCUCUUUGUUUAAAGUGUCAGAUGUUUUGAAUUAGCCCCCAACUCUUGUGCCAGCCGCAUGAUCCAGCCAAGGUGAACAGGUAGAGAGGGAGGCUGAGUCCUUGGAGAAAGCACAGCUGUCAGAAAUCUGAUGCCAGGUACCGCAGUGAUGCCAGACACUCGAAGUGCCUCAUGGUUUGUUAGAUCGCUAGCUGAGCCGAGGGCUGCUGUUUGUACAUAUCUGAUUCCAAGCUCCUGAGCUCUGUGGACACCUGACCUGGCGUGGAGGCCAAGUGUGCAGUUGCACAGUGUGCUGAGUUAUGAUUAACAGCAGACAGUUUGAAGAUGAGAAAUUAAAAGAAGACAAAAGGGAGUGCUGCAGACAGAAAGGAAGGAAGGAGGUUUCAGGAGCGAGUCUGGGCGUGAGUUUGGUGUCCCUGUCACCUGGUUGGAAUGCAGAUCAUCUCAUCUGAAUGGCCGUGUGAUAAGAUCAAGAGCAGACGCAGAGGAUUUCCUGCCUGUCGCCAUACUGCAGCUUUACUGCUGUACUAGACACAGCCCUCAAUUCACCCUCAGCUGACAGAGAGAGACUUUUUAAAGAGUAAGCUUUUCGUUAGCUAUUACUUUCCUUUUUCUUAGUAUAGGUUUAAUGAUAAGAUAAAGAACUUGACCAGGUGUAAUGUAACAAAUUAGUAGUCAAACACAUUACUCAGUUACUCCAGGAUUUUGAAAGAUCUUUGUGAUCAUUGUGCCCUAUUAUGCAUCAUUUUUAAAGCCAGUAAAGGUCUGUAACAAAAGCAAUAUCAGAUCUAGCUCAAAAUUUUUUUGCAGAUGUGCAAGGAGUUGAGAUAAAUGUAACCAAAGAUGCUUUAAUUACACAACUAACACUUUUCUGUGCUUUUUUUCUGCUGAUUAAGCGUAACAGAACUGAAAAGACAAACAGCAGAUAGCCAUCUUCAAAGUUGCAGUGAUCAGACAAAAUUACCAAGUUGCAUGUAAGUUUCAGGGAUAGCUGAAUUUGCGUUUAUUUGCGUUUGCAACAGUCUUGAGGGACUAAUCAUUUUGCACGUAUUUUGUAAAUCAACCCUGCGAAAGAGAAAUGACAAGGCUUCAUCACUCUAAAUUCACUGUGUUUGUUGAUGCCCGUGUCUAAAGUGUUGAAUGGUCUCUCCCAUGACUCACUUUCCUCGUUGGUCCUGAAGUGGAGCCAGAGCAAAGCGGCAGCUCAGCAGGGUAAUUCUAUACAAGCUGGAAGCCGUGUCCUCAUUCAGCUCUCUGGGCUAUAAAUCUGUGCAUUAGCAUGUAAGUCAGUCAGCUGGUCAGACAGACAUGGCUCUUUCCUGCUCGAGGAGAAGACUGGAGCAGCGAAGGGGAGUAGGCAGGCAGACCCCCCAACAGCCAGGAAAUCCAUGGAAUUCAGGGGGUCAAACAAGGGUCGAAUGGAAGAGCCCCACAGGGAGAGACGGAGAUAAAAACAGCGGUAGGGAGAGACUAUGAAGAGGGUGGAGCAUUGAAACAGAUGGAACUGGGAAGAGAGGUUCAUAAACCAUCAUCUUAGAUGCUGAUGUGAAUAAGUCACUCAUAUCACCUUUUUUUAAGGACACAACUUCAAAUAAUUUGCCAGUAUUUGAUGUAUUGAGGUUAAAAUCAGUCAGUGCUAAGAAAAUGCAUCAACGUUAGCUCAGAUGACUAAAAAAAGGUUUUAUUUAUAUAAAUAAUCCACAUUUUUAUCUUGACUUAGGUCCUAAAAAUAUCCUGAGGUAGUUUUGAGCCUUUUGUCAUGCAGCUGGAGCCAUUCUGCAGAAGCAUUGACAGUGUCAUCAGAGUUUUGUAAGACUGCAGGUUUCUUCUGUCUGCUGUGAACUUUGAUCUACUGGUUUAUUAAGUUUCAUUUUCUUUUUUUUAGAUUGAAACUUUGUGAACUUGAGAAACUAGAGCCUUUUAAUGUACCAUAAAAUUCCAUGUGAUUUCCACGAGAUAAAUGAAAGUCUAGAACAUAUAGACUUAAUAGACUGAAUCAUUGCUCUUAGCAUUUAUAUUCUCACAACUUGGUUACUGUUUAUUUCUGGAGCAGUUUGGGGUGGCUUCUACAUCAUUCUUAAAACACCAUAUUAUUGUGUGAAUUUUAUCAAUUGUUUACCGUAUAAAGAGACUAAACCAAGACUUCCUGCAUUUUUAUGCUAUCUUAAAAUCUUAAAUGCCAUCUAAAAAUUUCAUGUGACAGAUCUUUUGACUGAUUUCUAGGAAAUGCAGUAAAGUUGAGUUCCUGCACCUUUUAUCUGCAAAUACAAUUUAAAUUCAUCAGGAUGCUAAAUAGCUUGAAAUAUCAUCAAACAGCACAGCAGCACAGACAUUUUCGAGUGUUUGUAGUUAAAAUUAGAUUGCUUGUGUUUGUGGUGUGUACAGAUGUAUUUCAUAAGCAGUUUUAAAGACGUCUUUACUUUGACAGGAGGGUCAUUAAGUGCCUUUUUUUGCUCAUAAUACUUAAAAUUUGACGACAGCUGACAGAAAGGGCACAAGCUUUAGUUUUAAGUGCUUGUGCUCCAUUUGAAGUCACUGAUACUUUUAUUUGAGCAAGCAAUCCUGAGCCUUUCUGUACCAAUUUGUUCUACAAUGAAUUCAACUUUUAGGCGUCUGUAAACAACAUCUGAUUGCUUGGUGGAUAUCAUUUAAUCAGUUGAAUGAGAUCAUUCCUAGAUGCAGUUCUUCCAUUUUUAGUUUAACAUAACAGGAGAUGACACAUUUUUGACAUCAAUAAGCAGAUGUGUUGUAUUUUGAUGUGUGAUAUCAUGCAGUUUUAAUUUUUUUUCAGCUGGGCAUACUGUAGCAGUUAAGUGUGUGUGAGUGGUGUGUUUGUGGGUGUGUGAUUGCAUGUGCGUCGUUGCAAAUGAUCUGCUACAGUUUAGAGCUUGAUUGGGAAUUGGCAAUUUGGUUAAGAGUGCUUGAACGAGAUUACAGGUCUCUGCUGUCCUGUUCUUUGCUCAUUCACAAAUUAGCAGCCUUGAAAAUGGUUGCCAUCGUGAGUUACACUUUGACAGGUUGGAUGAGAACUCUUACUGGCUGGCUUACGCUGUUGUUUUAGCUUUUCCACUGGCCAUCUAAAAUUUUAGGUAUAUAAUAAAGAAAAACUUAAAGAUGGUGUAUAAUUCUCCAUCAAAAUGUAUAAUGGAUGGGCAGUUGAAAGAAAAGGAAUAUGUAAAAAUUCAGUAGCUUUGCAAACACUAAUGCCUGAGAGAAGACUGUUAAUACUUUUGAAUUGAACUGCCAAUAUGUGUUUCAUUGACUAUUUAUUGAAGCACAAAGGUCUCUUUAUUUCUGGCAAGGGAUCUGCAGAACAAACAUGGUGACUGAAACUGGAAUAUAGUAUUAAAAGUAUGUUUAAUUUGAUAGUCAUUUCUUUUUUUUCCAACAAGCUUUUUGUAUCCAUGCAUUAGUGGUUCCCUCCUCAGAAGACGCAUUAUUGAAGCGUGGCAGCUGUUUUUCAAAGAGUUUGUAGAGAUAGAAGACCACCGUGUUUUCACUGAUAACAGGGGUGAGCAUGGGUGCAUUUAUCCGACUGGUGGAAAAUACUAAAUAUUCCCAGUUCUUUGCAAUAGAGGGGAGGGCUUUCCUGGCAGAAAUGGGUCUGUUGUUGAAUGGCGGCCAUGGCAGAGCAGAGGUCAGAGAGGCCUUGUGGGUGGUGUCUAAUUAGCGGGAUUGGUUGAUGUUGCUGGUGGUCCUGGUGUGACUGUUACUUCCUGCUGGGCUUUUCCUAAACACCAUCGGUCUGAUCAGUGACCCUUUCUUGUAUGCUCAAAUUAACCCCAUUGUCCUCUUGUCGCCUCUGUCCAAUCGCUCUCUUAAAUGAGACACUCUGGCCUCACGGCACUCAGCUGAGGCAGAGACCAUAUUUGUUCUCAUUCCUUUGUUAUCCCACAAUGUAUUAAAACCUUUUGCUGCUAGAUUAAUGAGAUUUAAGUCCUUUUCUCAGAGCAAACACUCACAACAUUUGCCAGUUCUGGCGUGCCUGGUCUGCACUCAAGUGCUGCUAUUUAUUGCCUGAGUCUCAUCUGGAAUACAGCCAGAAGAGCUAUUCCUGGAAAGAGAGCAACUUAAUGUGACUUCUUGACAGCCAAAGUGAUAACGAAACUACGUUUAUCCCAAUAAAAAAUAUGUCUCUGCAUGGUUACACAAUCUUUUGUGUUAUUUCUCCAAGGAGGGCAACUAUCCCAUAGCGAGAUGAGAUGAUGCACUGGUUGUUGCGCAAGAGCCUUUCAUGUUUCCAGCCGUGAGUCAUGGACAAGUUGACUGCCAGAGUUUACGACGAUUAUUCACCAGCACUGAGUCCUCGUAAACUGAUCAAACAAAGGAGACUAACCAAAGACAUGAGAGAGGAUCAAGAGUGGUUCAGCCAGGUAUCUGUUCAGAACAGAUGGGCCAAACCUGAACAUGUUGCUUUGAUUUGUCAUUAAAUAAAUUCCUGCUGUGCUAUUCUUACUCAUCCUUUAAUAUUCCCCAUUUACUUUAUUUUGAUGAAUGGACUUUUGUGUAGUGUGUGCUGUACUGAACCCUGUUUUGACAUUUUUCCACUCAGGAUCUUGUUAACUGUUAAUACCGGGAACAUGUUUAAAGGAAAAUAACUGCAUGAAAGAAGUGAACUGGGACUGUGCAGAUGGUGGUGAUUUAAUUAAAAAUACUUUUUCGGGCAGUAAAUUGAGAGAAAACUUUGCAGAAUGAAAGCUGUUGACAUCUUGACCAUUAUUCAAUUCUGCAUCCUCAGACUGAUUUUAUGUUAGCUUUAGAUCUGUAGAGAUAUGGUUUAAAACCCACCACUUUUUUUUUUUUUUGGUUUUCAAAGAAUGAAAGAAGUUACUCAACACAGAGAGAGAGCACAAGAGGCCCCUUUUCCCUAUAUGGAGUAGGCAGCCAAGAGGCCCCGCAUUCCCCUCAGAAAGCAGUAUUGGUGAGUGUUGACAUGUGAGCCGUGUGAUAUCAUUUUUCACAGCUCCCACAUAAUCAUCUGCCCCAUGCAGGAUCACCUUCAAUUACUCAACAACUUAAUACCACAUUUUUAGGUUUUGCACUUUAAAUAUAAUCUUAUAUAAAGUUACUCCUGUAUUUGCUCAUACUUUAUAUCAUACAUUAUUCUAAAGGGAUUGAUCUUUGUUGUUGUUGUGUGUGGGCUGUAUGAGAUGCUUGUCACUCUUAAAUGCAUCAGACAAAGGGGAAACUGGUGCUAGACUCUCACAGUGUAUGCACUAUUUGGAAAAAAUGUCACUACUUUACUUUGCCCAUUUGUUUCGCACUAUUCUCGGAUGUGGUGCGCAAAACUCUUCUGCCCGCAGCACACUGAUCAGCUAAUCUUGUGUAUGAUGUGAAAGUCACUGAUAUAUUGUGAACUUUGACUUUAUUGAAUCUUAGUUUGACAAAACUUUGGGCACCAAAUGUUUAAGAGUACCUGACAGACAGAAGCUAACAGUCGCAGUUCACAUGCACAGUUAAGUUGAGCCGAGUUUUAGCUCGAUAAGGUGAUUUAACUAGACUGCUGUUUUGUACCAUUUUACAAACACAGGUUAAAAAUGGAAUUAUUGACAGAAGCAUGUCCACUUCCUCUAUAGGAAGUGGCGACACGCUGCCUUUUGGUUUGUUACUCUCAGGUUGGUGUCUCCUGGUUGACUUGUGUAUCAAAAUAGUUAAUGAUAAUCCAUCAGAUUUCAUAUAGCGUUUUAUCAGAGACCCUCAAAGCGCUUUACAUUGGAUACACAAUUCAUCCGCUCACAGUCACACCUUGGUGGUGGUAAACUACCUUUGUAGUCACAGCUGCCCUGGGGCAGACCGACAGAAACGUAGCUUCCAGUUUGCACAGACGGCCUCUCGAACCACCACCAUACAACACUUGAAAUCAUACACCAGUAGAGGUUAAGCGUCUUGCUCAAGGACACAAUCCACCUAGCCCAGACUUGGGCUAGGUGGGAAUUGAACUUCCAACCUUCUGGUUAUUGGGUAACUGCUUUACCCCUUGAGCUACUACUGCCCAAAAUACAGUAGCAAAGUGCGAAUGGGAUACCCAUCAAGUGAUGAAAACACAGUCACUAUUACAGCCCUGUACCGUUUGUUCAGUUAGAUAUGCAAGUUUUGUCUUCUUUACGUCUCUGUCUGUUGACGUUUUGUUUUCUAUUCUGCUUCCUAGCAAUGCAUCCCUGCUACUCAACUUCCCCAGGCUCAGAGAUUGGCGUGCAAACAUUGGAGCAUGUGCAGAAAGCUUUUGCCAGUUUUAGUUUAAUUGAGGCAUAUACAUGACAGAGAAAAUUGAUCCUCAACUGCAUUAUCCACUUAUGUUAGUCUGGCUAUAAGAAGUUUGAUUUAGUGUGAUUUCAGUCUGACUUAUUAGAAAACAGUGGUGUCAAGUAUACUAGGUCCAAGACGGAUGUUCACACACUUGCAUCACCAGGUAACUUGUAAUCUCUCCUACUCUCGAGUUAUUCUUGAAGUUUCUCUUGUCUUUCUCUAUUGAGUCUCUUUCUUUCUCAAUGUUCACUUAUUAAGGUGCUGAAAAUUUGUCUUAAUAGAGUUUACACUCACUCUGAGAAUAGUGGUAGAGCUAUUCUUGGUGGUAGUGGCAGAGCCGACCAUGUCUACAGAGGUAGAUAGCCUAGACUCUGGUCUGGUUUUCUGGCUGCUUUCUCAGCAAAGAGGCCAAGCUGACCAUAAUUGCUUGUGCUCUCAGAAACUGUAACUAAUACUGACAUUUCUUUCCUAUUUCAGCAGGCCUAUGUGUCCUCCGGCCACCAGAUGGCGCCCCCCAGUCCCAACACAAACAGUAGUAGCAACAGCAGUGGUGGGGGAGGGGAACAGCUGAGUAAAACUAACCUGUAUAUCCGUGGCCUUCAUCCUGGGACAACAGACCAAGACCUGGUCAAGCUCUGCCAACCGUGAGUGAAUUUAAGAUUGUUUUUUUCUUUUCAGGUACGCUCUGUUUGGCCGACGAGCCUCAAGAGUUCAACACCGUGAGCGACGUUUAUUUGUAUAUUUCUCUGAUUGGGUUACACUGGAAAAUCAGUUGUACUCCUUUUUGGUCGUCAAGGUCUUCAAACCCAUAUUAGUUAAUAUAUUAAGUUAGGUGCUGUUCUGAGCAUUAUUUGUGGCUAUAGAGUGGCUUUUUGGUUGAGGUUUGUUGAUGGCACUAGAAGAAUCAAAAGCAGAAUGUGGCAUGUGGUGUAUGUUGUGGACGCAGAAGCAGAGGCAGAUAGCAAGUUAAAGAUGUAAUUUUAAUGUCCAAACUCAGGGAAAAAAGGUACGAGAGAAAGUCUGGUUGGCUGGCUGGCUGUUGUGUGGGCUGGAGACACUGUGGAGAAGCAGAGGAGAAAGAGGUGAGAAGACAUACAAGGAAUCACAGGGAGCAAAAAGUCACGAGCACUUAGCUGAGGAGAAGGCAAGUAGAAGCGUCUGUACCACUCUGGGGGGGCUCAGGGUGCACGAGGUGACAGGCUUAAUACGGGAGACAUGUAACGUGGGGUGAAUUUUGAGGGAUGAGGGAAGUUUCAGUCUUACCGCCAAGGGGUUGAUAAUCUUCUGGAUAGGGAAGGGACCAAUGAAGCGGGGAGACAGCUUGCGGGACUCGGUCUGCAGGGGAAGGUCACGGGACGAUAACCAGACUAUCUGAACAGGAUGAUUGUCUGUUGCUGGAGAGCGGUGAACAUCAGCCAGGUGUUUGUUGCGCUUGGCCUUGCAAGUGAGUGCGGCCCUGGCGGAUUUCCACACCUCCUGUAGACGCUCAAUGUGCUCCCUCACCGACGGGAUGGCCACUGGGUGCUCCUGUUCGGGAAACAGGGGGGGCUGAUAUCCAAAAUAGCACAUGAAGGGAGACAUACCUGUGGCCGAGGAGGUGAGGAAGUUAUGGGCGUACUGGAUACAGGGGAGGUGAGUACUCCAGGAAGCUGGAUGAUGGGCCACCACACACAGCAAAGCCAACUCGUGGAGAGGAGAGGCAAGCUGCCGUGCCCACUGCCUGGCAGAAAGCUUUCCAAACCUGUGAGGAGAACUGGGUACCACGAUCUGACACAAUGUCAAUGGGGAUACCAUGGAGUUGGAAAACAUGAGACACUUGGAGAUUAGCAGUUUCUAGCGCAGAGGGUAACGAGAUAUAAUGCACAAACUUGGAAAACCUGUCUAUGAUGGUGAGUAGGACAGUGUUACUUUCAGAGGGGGGGGGAGACCAGUGACGAAAUCUAAAGCUAUGUGAGACCAGGGGCAUGAGGGCACAGGCAGAGAACGCAGCAAGCCAGCCGGAGGUUGGUGGGAGGCUUUGCCUCGGGCACAGACGGAGCAGGCGGCAACAAACACCCGUACGUCCCGGACCAUCCCUGGCCACCAGAACCGCUGCUGCAGGAAAUGGAGGGUGCGUUGAAAUCCAGGGUGACAGGUGAGUUUAGAGGAAUGCCCCCACUGUAGGACCUGAGAACGUGCAACCUCAGGGAUGAACUUCCUAUCAGGAGGGCCAGGUCCAGUGUCCGGGUGUUUAAGGAGGGCCUUGUCCACAACGGUGUUGAUUACCCAAGAGGUGGAGCUGACGACACAGGAGGCAGGGAGGAUGGUGUCUGGUUCGCUGGGCUCCGAUGUAGCAGAGGAGUGAAUCCGGGAUAAGGUGUAAGGUUUGAUAUUGCGGGAGCCAGGACAAUGGGAGAGGGUGAAGCAGGAUCUGCUGAGGAAGAGGGACCAGCGGGCUUGUCUGGAGUUGAGGCGUCGAGCAGAAAGGAGAUAUUGCAGGUUCUUGUGGUCAGUCCAGAUAAGGAAUGGGUGUUGUGCUCCUUCCAGCCAGUGUCUCCACUCUUGGAGAGCCCACACAACAGCCAGCAACUCAUGGUUUCCCACGUCAUAGUUUCGUUCUGUGGGUGAGAGUUUCCGGGAGAAGUAGGCACAAGGAUGGAGCUUCUGGGUCUCGGGAUCCCUCUGCAAGAGGACGGCCCCCACUCCGGAGUCCGAAGCGUCGACCUCCGUCACGAAUUGGAUAGAGGGAUCCAGGUAUUUGAGCACUGGGGCGGAGAUGAAGAGGGACUUGAGUUGACGGAAGGUGGCGUCUGCUUCAGGGGUCCAGGAGAACAGGACUUUGAGGGAUGUGAGACGGGUGAGAGGCACAGCCACCUUGCUGUAGUCCCGGAUGAAUCUUCUAUAGAGGUUAGCGAAGCCGAGGAAUCGCCGGAGAUCUUUGCGGGAGGAGGGAGUGGUCCAGUCCCAGACGGCGCAGACUUUCUCCAGGUCUGGGCGUAGCUCUCCCUGGGUGAUGAUGUAUCCCGAGAAGCUGACGAAGGAGGCAUGGAACUCGCACUUCUUGGGUUUGACGAAGAGUCGGUUCUCAAGGAGGAGCUGGAGGACAAGUUGAACAUGUUGCUGAUGUUCCUCCAUGUUGCGGGAGAAGAACAGUAGGCGAGUUUAUUGAUCAUGUCAUGGAGGACAUCAUUGAUGAGUGCCUGGAACACAGCGAGAGCAUUGGUGAGACCAAAGGGCGUGACGAGGUACUCGAAGUGGCCGAUGGGUGUAUUGAAGGCCUUCUUCCACUUGUCGCUCUCUCGGAUGCGAACCAGGUGAUAGGCGUUAUGGAGGUCCAGUUUGGAGAAGAUGGUGGCGUUGCAGAGAGGUUCAAAGGAGGGAUCGAUGAGUGGCAGGGGAUAUUUGUUCUUUACGGUGAUUUUGUUGAGUCCACGGAAGCCGAUGCAGGGACGGAGAGAGGAAUCUUUCUUUUUGACAAAAAAGAAGCCAGCAGCAAAUGGAGAGGAUGAGGGCCGGAUGAGUCCAGAAGCCAGGGAAUCCUAGAUGUAUUCCUCGAUGGCUUCUCGUUCAGGCUGAGAGAGAUUGUACAGUCUGCUGCCGGGGAGAGGGGCGCCAGGGAGCAAAUCUAUGACGCAGUCAUAGGGGCGAUGAGGAGGAAGGAUGAGAGACUGCUCCUUAUUGAAGACCAUAGCCAGAUCAUAGUAAGUAGAGGGAACAGAGGCGUCACGAACAGCUAACUCAUCCUUUAACCGUUCGGACAGACAACGGGAAAAUACACCCUUUAACUCAUGUUCCCCCCACCCACUCUCAGCCACCACUGUGCGGAACUCAAUAGAGAAUUCCGCCACAGACUGAGAGCCCUGGGUGUAGGAAAACAACCGCUUGGUACAUUCUGAUCCCUCUACAGGAUAUUUAAAAACCUUGCAAAGUUCCUCAGAGAAUCUAGCAUAUGAGGACAGCAUAGGAGAGUCUUUUUUCCAAACGGCAGUAGCCCACUUAGCGGCUUUGCCUCUCAACACAUUAACAGUGUAGGCUAUUCUGGAUUUAUCUGAGGGGUAACUAAUAGGCUGUUGAUCAAAGACGAUCACACAUCGGCGCAGGAAACCUCUGCAGCCCCCAAUCUUCCCAGCAUAUGGCUCGGGAGGGGGGACAUAAGGCUCUUUGAAGGCAGGGGAGGGUGAAGAGGGGGCCGUACUCACAGAGGGGGGAGCCGGGAGAGGAGAUGAUCCGCCAGUUGCGCUACUUGAACGGUGAGGCCUUGAAAGGAUUGGUUGAGACCCUGGAGCAUAUCCUCAUGCUGACCGAGGCGAGCCCCGAGCUUGUGGACGGCUUGCUGGAACCUGUCUGGGUCUGCUGGAUCCAUUUUCCUGGCCUAAGUAUUCUGUGGCGUGUGGUGUAUGUUAUGGACCCAGAAGCAGACUCAGAGGCAGGUAGCAAGUUAAAAGAUGUAAUUUUAAUGUCCGAACUCAGGGACAGGCUGGCUGUUGUGUGGGCUGGAGACUGUGGAGAAGCAGAGGAGAAAGAGGUGAGAAGACAUACAAGGAAUCACAGGGAGCAAAAAGUCACGAGCACUUAGCUGAGGAGAAGGCAAGGAGAAGCGUCUGUACCACUCAGGAGCGAAGACAAUACUCAGGCGCUGAGACUGAGGGCUGCUGGCUUCUUCAAGGGCCUUGAUUGCAAAUGCAGCGCAGGUGUGGAGCCUUAGAGACCGGGGGUAGGGAAGAACAGUCAAGCCAGGCCAGGGACACAAGAAAAACAGGAAGUUCUACUAAAAUAAAACUGGAGAUUGAGGCGUCUCACCACGCAGAAACUAGCCAUCCUUGCUCUGUUUGAUCGUUAAAGCUGUCCUUAGCUGUCGCUAGUUGCUUACGAAAUUGACUGAGGUUCGUAGUAAUGUCCCUGUGUGACCCUCAAAAGCAAAAUAGACCAUUAGCAAGAAAUCAACAAUUUUUUGUUGGUUUUUAUUUCUUUAUUCAUUCAUUUAUUUUUCUCUGUAUACCUGCACAGUUAGUUGGAGAGAAAUGUCAUUUUUGAUUCCUGUUUAUGUACUCACAUUUUUUAGAAAUAUACAUUAAAAAGCUUUAAUCUUGAAAAUUUGUCAAGUGAGGAAGUCCCAGCCAAACUGUUUCCUCCACUUAGACUCUUUGCUACAAUUUUUAUAUCAAGGCUUCAGUUUCAUGUGAUUUGUGGCAUAUACAUUUUAUUUUCAAUUCUGUCUAAGAAUGGUUCUCCCUCAUCUGUUCUACACUUAAAUCUUAAAAUGUUAAUGCAAAAAAUUGCAUUUGCAUGUAAGCUGUAGGCAUGUGGGCUCUAGUUGUCCUGGAAAAAUGAGCUAUGUGAGAUAUGUACGAUAUGGCCUUCGUUGAGCUAUUGUUUAGUUAUGACUCUAGGGUAACACAAAGAUACAAUCAGUGCAGGUUUUCUUAAGUUACUGGUUUCCCACAACACUGGAGAAAAGUCAUGUAGAAACUAACUAUAUGUGAGUGGCUAACAUCUGUGCUGUUUGGAGCUAUGCUUGUCAUCUGUUGGACACAUGAAAUUAAGCUAUUUAAAACUGUAAUUUGAUGUUCAGGGGGAAAAGAGCUGUUUCGACAGGAAGGCAGAAAAAGCGGUUUGCAAAUAAAGAUGUUGAAUAACCACAACUAAGGUCAUAUUGAUUAAAUCUUCACAAUCACAGGAACACAAGAAAUUGUCAACAAAAGGGCUGAAAAAGAGUGAAUAAAGAACACAUGAGAGUCAGGCGAAGGUUGGGAUGGGGGUAAAGAAGAGAAGGGGCCAGAGAAGGGUUCAGCGUGUUGCCUCCUGUCCUGAUCUAACCUUCCUCUUUCUGUGAGACAGACUUGGCUCCAACAGCUGUGAAAUACACACCCCUAGACAAACGGCCCAGCCUCUAUAUUAUGUCAGCUUUACAAACACAGGUACACACGUAUGCACAGCGAUAAAACCUCGGAAUAAAGCACCCAAACUGGUUUUGGCAGAUCAGAGACGUCAGAGAUGUGAUUUUUGAACUCUGGCCAUGCAUCCGUCAUCUUUGUGGGUCAGUAACAGGUACAACGCACCUUCCUGAACAACCACAGACACUAGAAAUAUCUAAUAAGAUCUGACUUAAUUAUACCAACGACACAGCCUCUCCCUGAUUAAUAUUUGUUUUUCAUUCUGCAUUCAACCAUCCUGACCCUACAUGAGGAAGCCUCUAAAUCCACAGAGCAUAUUUACACAGUAAGCAUCAGAUAAUUAUGUUAAUAUUUGAGUAAUAGUGCAUCGCAUGGACACAUAUUGUCAAAGCUGGAACAAUCAAAGAAAAUCUGAAACCUGCAGUUGGUGUGUGAAGCACAUGGGCCCGACAGGAUCAACAGAGAAGUCAUUGUGGAAAGGAGACAGAGGCUUUAGGGGUGGGUGGGAGGGCUACCCUUGAAAAGGAAACUUAAAUGAGUGGGCAAAGGCAUGCUGGGUAGGAAUUUCAGAAAGCCGUACAUGGGUCAGAAGUGUCUUGAAAGUCUGUUUGCUCCACAGUGCGGUGGGCUAAUAAUGUGCUACAGUAGGAAUGAGGUAAAAGAAGGGUCACACCAACAUCUGACCCGGAGACCAGCUUUUAUUUUUUUUUUAAGGUCAUGUAUUGAAUGAGUUUUCACAAAAUGACAUUUUUAACUUGGGCAAAAACACAGUUUCACAGUCACUGGGAACUUAACAGCAGUUUUUUAAACGGGCCCCUCUUGAGUGUUCGAUGUCUUGCUCUCUGUACAUAGUUACUGCAGACUUUCAAUAUGCUUGUCUCUCCUGAUGUUGUUUGCACCUUACUUUGAUUUGAUUCAUUUUUUCAGAGGAGUUUUUUGGUUAGCUGCAGGAGUCUGAUAUUUUCAGAUCUCACAGCACCAUACCUGUUUUACAUGGCUAAAAUUUUCCCUGUCGUCUCUUUUUUUUUUCUUAACUGAAUGGAGUUAAGAACACAACACAACAGCUUUCAGAUGGGCUACAGCCAUCAUCUGGCAUUUAUACUGUAGUACAACCAGGUCCCUGAAAAAACUAUGGAAAAAAUAGUUUUAGAUAAUAGUCGUGUGAAGUAUUAGCUGUUUUGUAGUCACAGUUUCUCCGAAAUUAGGCAGCCAAUUCUGUGUGCUGGAUAAGGCACACAGUUAAAAUGCAUAAAGCUUGUACGUGUACUUUCUUGCCUCAUGACUACUCUGCAGCUCUGGGAUGACAGUGGGAAACUAUAAAAUUAGCCUAUGCAAAGGUCAUCCAGCUAUUUGGCAAUGGAGGAUGAAUCAUUAAUUGCUGCAAAGAGGAAGUGCCCUCUAUAAUGUAUCUGUUCUUCAUUUCAUUAUUCCACAAUAAUCAAGGGAAUUGACUCCUGCAUUUGUCUUCAGCAGUGGAACUCUGAGAUUAUGUCAGCUUGAUCCUCUGCAGUUUAUGGUGUAUGGACUUUGUGUGCAAAUGAACAAUUUCAAAGCUUGGAUGAAAAUUUUACAUGAAUACAAAAGUCUGCUGUCAGUUUUUAUUUUUAUUUUGUUCUGAUCGUCUUGUCUCAUCUGAGUCAUUUAGGCAAGUGUCCACUAGAACGAGGUGGGAGCGUAGGACCCAGUGGCGUCCUGUGAUGUGAGGGUGGAAAAACAGAGUGAGAGGGAGAGGGAGGUAGUGGGAAGGAAGGCGAACCGGAGGGGUGAAGCAUCAGGUUACAGUGUACAUUCCGCCCAGACGCCAUGUCGCCCAAACAGGAGAGCACCAGCCGCCCUCGCUGGCUGAAUUCAGCAAACAACACUGCAGCACAUGCACACCCUUAUAACACUGUCAUCACACCGUCUCUCAAUAUUAUAUGAAACUUCUUAUUCGCUUCCUCAAACUUGAUUUACAUUCCAUAAAUAUUUUAUGGAUCUGGUUCAAUCCAUCAGUUUUCUUUUUCUUUAAAAAAAGGUCUAUGCCGUGUUUUUUCUGUUUAAGGCUGGUUCAAAUAAGAUACCAAAGGUUUCAUACAGUAUUUGACUUAUUUUGUGCAAAGUGGACCAAAUCAAACAUCCCUGUUUGUUCUCUUGUUAUGCAAAAAAAUCAAUUUAAGAGUCCACAUUUGUGGUGACAACACCUAAGAGCUUUGCAUGAACCAAAAAUACCCUAGAGCCGAGCUUUAUUUAGUAGAGAGGUGUGUGUCUUUGUCUGCUUGUGUGUGUGGUAUAGUUAGGCUUAGGACAAAUUGUUUUCGGCCCUCAGGUGCUGUCUCCUGUCUGUUUAAAACAGCAGCCUGCAUUGGCAGACAAAGACUAGAUGGGCGGAGGCGGACAAAGUUUUCUGUGACACUUGAUUGACACAAGUGAUUGCACGAAAGAGUUCAUAUUCAUGUUUACUCCUGUACUCCUGUAGCCGGGGGGAAGUGUGACAGGAUUGGUAUGCGCUUGGUUGGAGCGGAUUCCUCUGUUGGACUCACAGUCACCUUAUCUGUCACUGAUCCUGUUUUCUUCCUUCCUUUCUGUCCCUGAAGGUAUGGCAAGAUUGUGUCAACCAAGGCCAUCUUGGAUAAAACCACCAACAAAUGUAAAGGUCAGUUAGUGUUUUUUUAAAACUGUGUUUUUAUGUUCGCUCGCAGCCUUGUAACUGAAUAUAAAAAAAAAAAAAGUAUUCUUCUAAAUUUUUUUAGCUUUCUGUGACUAAACAACAUUACUGCAAUGUUAUUAUAUUUGUUUUUUAUUCUACAGGCUAUGGCUUUGUGGAUUUUGACAGUCCAGCAGCAGCACAGAAAGCUGUUACAGCCCUGAAGUCCAGUGGGGUCCAGGCUCAGAUGGCUAAGGCAAGAACAAGAGCUUUUGCACUAUAGCUUUUACCACAAAUUCACCAGUAACCUCACAGUUAAGACUUGUUGAAUUCACCUCUAAGAGACGUAGUCUUCCGUCACGGAAAAGGUGAGCUGCUGCAUGGGGUGGCCUGAUUGGCAGCAAAUGGUGGCAAGGAUUCAAGAGAAACUCUGGUUUAUAGGUGUAAACAGGGCUCGACAGUGCGACUGUUUCACUUGCAUUUGCGACUAAAAAUAGAUGUGUGCUAAUUGUAAAAUGUAUUUAGGGGCACAUGUGCGCAUAAAAACAUUAGCCGAGGCAACAAAUGUUUUCUCAUGUAAAUACUGCAGUAAAGUUAGUUUUAGGUUGGAUAUUCGACGGACAUUCACUGUGGAUCUACCGGUGUCUUCUCACUCUCCAUGACGGGGAAUAGCAACAGCGGCUAAAUCAGGCAUCGUCGCUGUCAACGUUGGGUGUUGAAUAAGGGACCAUUAAUAAAUUACAGGUUGAUGUUCAAAGAAAAAGCUGUUUUCCUUCAACUGCUUUCAUGUCAUGUGACCAAUUGACCUAAAAUUGAUUUCAAAUAAUAGUACUAAAGUCGGACAAUAGACACACCUCUUAAAUUCCCUAAUUUGUCCUCUACGAAAAUUUUGUGUUAAAUUUAAAGGCAUAUCUUGAACAUUUUCUUCAAUAACUUCCAUGUCAUGUGACCUAAAGACCUAAAAUUGAUUUCAAAUAAAGUACUUAUGUCGACCAAUAAGAGAAACAUUAUUUGAUCAAAUUUUAUUGUUUUCCAAGAGUUCUUUGUGAGCUCUUUACUUUUUCAACUUAGGAGAACAUGUGCUCCUUGUGAAAAAAGUUAGGGUCAAGCCCUGGUAGGUGUGCUGUGAUGUAGUUUAUUGGGUGAAUCUCUUCCUGUAAUGGACAGUUGAAGAGGUUUACCCUCAUGCACUGAAGGCUUUUUGCAAGAAAAAUUCAUCCCUGUCUUCAUCAGCUUUUUAGUUCAUCUCUCUCUUUGCUUUGUCAAUCCCGUAAUUCCUUUCCUUUUAUCCUCAUGUUUCCUUUUUUUUUCUCCCUCGCCACCUUCCCUCUCCGCUCCGCCCUUGUCUCUGUGCUUGUGUAUGUUGCUAACCUGCUCCUGUCGUAGCGCUUGUUCUGAGCUCUUUGUCCAAGUGUCUGCAGUCAAAGCAACUCUUGUCGGCCCAUUAAGCUGAUCCCUCUGGCUCUCAGGCUCCCCAUUGAGGGAGUCCAGGGGAGGGUGCCACUACACCCACUGUCAAUGGGACCAGCACAAUGGGCUGGCAUUGUCCAUCGUCUGGGCCCAGGCCUGGGGCUGACACCAGCACUUAAUACACUCCACCCCGGUGUCCCUGCCCCCCACCCCUCUGUCAUGCACCCAAACAGACCCACUGCAAUGUAACACUGGGGUCUCCCUCGGCCCAGCCCUGGAAAAGUGUAACAGAUCCACUCUGCCAGCUGACCUGAACUGGUCCAGUGCAACCAAACCCGAAGUCUAGGUUCACUAAAGCUACUCUAAAAGAGUGCCACACAGUCCUGUGUAUCUCAAUCCCCAACACAUGUAACUGGACACCUAGACCUGACUCACCCAGACAGCAUGUGCUCAGACUGAGGUGUUGAUAGCCACAAUAAAACCCUAAAUAUAUGCCACCACUUCGCAGUCACUGGGUUUCCUCAGGUUAGAAAAAACAACCUGCAGUCUUGAAUCAGUCAGAUAUCUAACCCUUAAGGACAGUUCCACCUGUUUGCAUCCUCACCAUGGCUGCCACACAACAAGACACACCUCAUACCUGCUCUCCUCAGUGUAUGCUUGGUCCCUGAACUGGCCACCACGGCCCCCAGGCUGGGAGCCCAGAGGUGCAAAGCGCAUAAGGGGCAGGGGAACCGUGGCGGACUUAAAAAUAGAUCUCUGCCUGCUUGCCAGCACCUCCCUACUCAUACGUCAGCUUGCACGCACUACUUGACACACAAGCAAGCAAAUCUGGCAAAUGUACAAAGACACACCCCGACAGACAAGACUCACCUAGGGCCGGUUACAAAAAAAUGCACUGAUGGUUCAAUAAAUCUUGUUGAACAUGCGCCUGACUGGAAUCCAACUGUACUUUUUAGUAUUUGCAGCAGGGUGGAUAUUUGUUUGAGUAUGAUUGGAUGUUGUGUGUGCAAGUAAAGAGUAAAUAUCGGGAUAAAAAGGUUCUUUGUUAUUAAGACCUGGACUCCAUUAAUCUCAUCUGCAGUGUGCCACUGUGUUACAUAAUAGUCCUAUUGCCGCACCCAGAGUGACGACAAGCAGAAAAUGGGUUACCUCCUUGCCAGGUGGCUUGAAGCUGAGAACAGAGGCCACUCAUACAGGCAGUCAAUUUUCUAUAAUAAAGGCUGUUGACGAACUUUAACCCCAUAUAUGACCCAAUUUUUCCAGAUCAGUGAACUCACUUUACGACUGUCAAAUCUGACUCCAGGGCUGCACCAGCGUGUGGAUGUGUGUUGUUCUCUGUUGUAUUAUGUGUGGGUCAGACUUGUUCAAAUGCUAAACCCUUAUCUGUUGUUUUAUUCACACUGUGUCGGCUGCAAAGUGCUAAGUGCUUCAAAAAGAGGACAAAAUGUAAAAUGAAGGAGAUGAAAGAGAUUUUGAUGAAAGAGAAGAGCCCUUUUAAUCAGCGAGCACUCAUUUAUCCUCUUUUCCUUCUUAGCUUUUUUUUCUGUCAUCCUCCUCUUUCAUUGCCCAAAUUACUUAAGACUCCCACCACUUCCUAUCGUGUUAGUUCCCUCCUCCUGUACUUAUAUCAGUCUUUUGAGCAACUCACUUCUCCCACUGUCCCUCUUCUCUCUGCUCUUCCUUUGCUCUCUUGUUUUCCCUUCCCCUCUUUUUAGCCCAGCCUCUUUUCUCCUGGUUGCCAGGCUCCUGUUGCUCUCUGUACUCUUUAACUUCAUGCCUGGCUUCCUGUCUGCUCCGGCACAGUCACACAAGGUUUCACUGUCAAACUAGAGCUACAGAAUAAGACCCUGAAUAAUCUCUUUCCACUCUAAUUUUCUUGAAGCUAUCAAGAUCUCUUAAUUAGACAACCCUCAUCAGAAAUGUGCAGCUUAAUCUUUGCAGACAAAUUUAUACUUGCAUGUGUCUGUGGAUUAAAAAAUCUGUCUUAGUUGAGGCGCCACAAGGUGACGGAUUAUUCAGGGUUUCAACUUAUUUGUCAGGCAAUAAUUACCUGAAAACAUUUAAUCUGUAUGGUGUCCUGUAAAAAUAGUGCUUGAAAUGGUGCACACAGGAUAUGAUCAAGCAUGAAUGUGCUGGGAGUGAUGGCAGGUGUUGAUGGAAAGACAGGUCACACUGCAGCCUACACAGGAAUUUCUACAGUGUGAAAAAGAUUUUGAAAGUGACAAGAAAAUUUUCCAUUAGCAAUGCAAAUGUGUUAGCAGAGAUGUCUUAAAGUGUUAUAAAAAAUAAAAGCCUAAUGCAGUACUUUAGACUGACAUCUUGAAGUGACACACCUGAAAGAGGUAAAGUUGUAGAAAAGACAAGGUACACGUCAAGUAAAAGUUGCAGCAUUAUACUGCAUUUGGGCUGAUUUCCAAGUUAAAUAUCUAUUCUGGAUUUAGAUCUUGAAAAGGUAUCAUCUCUGUCUGCCAACUCAACAGCAACAAGAGCAGGACCCCACCAACCUCUACAUCUCUAACCUGCCAAUAUCUAUGGAUGAGCAAGAGCUGGAGAGCAUGCUCAAGUCCUUUGGUCAGGUCAUCUCCACACGUAUCCUGAGGGAUGCUAACGGGACCAGCCGUGGUGUGGGAUUCGCCAGGUAAGACCGGAAAGCUUCGACAGUGAGGUACAGGCUGAUAAAUUUCUGCCACAGAUUUAAAAUAAGAAUAAUUAAGGGAUUCAAAGGGAUAUUCCGGCGUAAAAUUAAUUUAGGGUCAAACACACGGUGACACAGAGUUUGAGACCCCCUGGAGAGAUGAAUGUUGCCGACCGCUUGCUUCUCUAGUUAUACCAACUUUAGUAACGACCGGAGGAUAGCAACACACAGCGGUCUGAGGAGCCAUAAACAAACCUCAACAAAAACGAGACUCUAUAGCCACAACUAAUGCUCAGAACAGCACCUAACUUCAUCAACAGGACAUAUAGGGUUCUAGCCACAGCACUAGAUACCAAACAUCUUUUUAACUUUGCCUUAUUUCUUUAGCAAAGAGACUAAACACAACUCACCUAUUCUCUUCCAGCAGCCGCUUGUUUGUAGCGAGUUCUCGGGCCAGUCCAUUACGAACUACAGCGGGGUGACGCAGCUCAAGGAAGAACAUUUAUGAUCAUUUCUUCAUGGAAAUGCAAUCAGACCGAGACGCUAAGGCAGAAGAACUACCGCGUCUGCAGUGCAAAAUGAUUACUAUGGUGAUUAUUACUUCAAGGAAAUGAUCAAGUAAUGAUGUAAAGUAAUGUUACUAAAGUUGGUAUAACUAGAGAAGCAUCAGUCGGCAACGUUCAUCUCUCGGGGGUGUCUAACUAGGUGUUACGGUGUGUUUGACCCUAAAUUAAUUUAUGCUGGAAUAUCCCUUUAAUGUUGACUGUAUUUCAGAAUGGAGUCCACAGAGAAGUGCGAGGCCAUAAUUCAGCAUUUCAAUGGCAAAUUCAUCAAGACUCCACCGGGAGUGCCUGGUGCGUGGAAUGUUUGUUUUGUAUUAUAGGAACCUGAUAUUGUUGCUGGAUGUGUCUGUACCCCUGUGUUUUCUGUUCCCUGCUGUGAUCAUUGAAUCCUCUCCUCUUGUCUGAUCUGUUGCUUUCACAGUGCCCACAGAGCCCUUAUUAUGUAAGUUUGCAGACGGAGGUCAGAAGAAGAGGCAGAACCAGGGGAAGUAUUUGCAGAAUGGGAGGCCCUGGGUUAGAGAUGGAGAUACGGUAGGUUGGACAACACACACUCGUGUUUGUAAAAGCGGUACUCACUCCUGUGCUCACUUGUUAGAUUUUUUGUUGUAAACUGCAGUAAGAGCUGGCUUUAAAAAGUUUUUGAUUGGAUCAUUCCAACUAUGCAGGCCGACUGUUUCAGCUCAAACUGCACCGGUGUUUGCAUGACCUCACUGGUUGUGAAUUCUGUGUAUUGUUUUCCCAGGGAGGAAUGACGCUUGCGUAUGACCCCACAGCCUUACAAAAUGGGUGAGUGGUAUGGACACACUGACUCAAAACAGUCCCAACCCUCCAGGAAAAUAAGCACGGUGUUCAAACUUUGAUACAAUACUGCCCUCUGCUGGGUGUUACAGGGACACAAAAAUGUUGUUUAUGUAGCUGGACAAAUACUGCAGAUUGUUGACAUGGUGAAGGUGUUUUUUUUUCCUUCUGACUUUGCUCUGUCUGUUUGCCAGCUUCUACUCCUCGCCCUACAGUCUGGCUCCAAACAGAAUGAUAGCCCAGACUUCCCUUUCUCCAUACAUGCAUUCUCCUGUUUCAUCCUACCAGGUAGGACUUUCUUUGGAUUUAUGAUUUAAAUUGUCAAGCUUUGCAGAAAUACCUUUUUUAAUUUGCCCUAAAGUCACAACUUAAGCCAUACCUGCCAACAUUUGGGUUAUGAAAUUGCAGUGCAAUUCGGGCAGUUUUGGGGUUACCUUGUAUGGUGGAUAUGAGCUAAUUAUGAGAGUAUUUGUAACUCGAUUGCUCAUACAAAUAAGUAUAAGAUGCACACUUUUUUGUUUUGUUUUAACAAUAACAAAUGGUAAUAAAAAAAAUAAUAGCUACAAUAUGCCUUUAACUUAUUUAGUCCACUAAUUUUGGUUGUUAAAAGUCGUCAUAUGUUUUACAUGCUCUCCCAUAUGAGGCUCUCUGAACAUCUGUGCAUGCGAUACAGCACUCUUUUAUCUGAGGCUGCCCUAAACGCAUCACUCUGAGACGGUGCAAGACUAUCAACAUAAAUAUUAUAUCUCACAUUUGUUUCCCUUUUGUUGGUGUUCAUUUUGCAACAAACACUGCUGAAAUAUAGUUUACAGCUAAAACCGACCUGAAUCAUCUCAAAUUGUAAAGUAAAAGUAUCAGUCCAGUGUCUGUGAGGCUCAGCAGAAACACAGGAGAAUCCUGGCAACUUUGGACAAAUAUGGUGAUCUGAUUCAUGGAUGAACAUGGACUAUGCAAACUACGGGAGAUUCCCGGAAGAAAUGACAUUACGGCAGGUGGGCGGGAGAUAGGUCUGAGAUACGGGAGAGUCCCGGGAAAAACGGGACUGUUGGCAGGUAUGCUUAAGGCACUGUAGUAGUUUUUCCCUGGUAAAGAAAACGACAUAAAUGUACUUAUAGCUAAAACCUAAAAAAUCAAAAAUGAUCAGCAGUUUAUUUCUAAUAGCAUUUUUUUGCUGUUAGGUCAGUUAACAACAGAGAAAUGUAAAACAGCCAUUAAAGUUCCUUUCUUCCCUUUUUCUUUGUUUUACAAUGAGUCGUGUGUCACCCAGUUAAAAGGCUUUUUAAAGCUUUCUUGGAAAAUACCACCACACCCUUGUAUUGCAGAGUAUAAGUAAAGAGAUAAGAUGUACUGCCUUGUUCACAGGAACUGCCAAAGUAAACACAAAAUGAAAUCUUUUCACUGAUGUUUGAAGAUGUAAGACACAAGGUCAAGGAUCUUUCCUGUGUCUGCUACUUCUCAUGACAUCUAUGAUCAAGAUUUAUUGUAGAAUUUGUGAAAACAUUAAAUGACUACUACCACAGAAAUUAAGGAUGCAAUUUUUAGAGCCCAGUGAUAGAGAGUGUCUUCUCACUAUCAACUCAGUAUGAUUUGAUCCCCAGCUUGACCCCCACAUUUCCCUUUAUGGCAUUGUCAACAGUGUGUGAAUAGGAUAAAAGUAUUGACUAGCAGAUAACCUUUUUUAACUGUCAUUUCAUUGGGAAAAACAGUAUUGUCUCAUGCUUAGAGUCAAUAAAUUUAAAGCAACAAUUUAAUAUUCUUUCACAGCAGCGGACAGCACUGCUUGUCUGUUAAGUGAGUGUUCCCCUUAUUCCUGAAGUCUGCCAUCACUCACCCCUACCAUGCCAGGAGAAUGAAAGAUGGGGAAUGUUAUAAAGCAGCUCAGUUAUUUAUCAACCAUGGUGUGGUUGUGAUGCCAAUUUCUCAGUAAUGGUCAUCAAUGCAGGAGAAACAUCAAGCAACUGUCAAGCAGACGAAAAAUAGGCUGUCACAGAGCGCAAUUUUGGAGGAUAGCAGGCCCAAAAACUUUUUUAAAAUGUGUGUAGCAAAGUCCAUUACCAGAGGACUUCAGUUUGAAAAACUGCUGACUCUCUCAGUUUAUACAAUAUUCGAAUACUAAUCAUUUGGGUGCUUUGUUUACACAAUCGAUCAUAGUUGUUUUAUUCAAAUGUAACAAUUUCAUGUAAAGAGGUUUAAAAAAAAGUGAAUUUAAUGAAAAACUAUGACUAUGACCAGUCUUGUUUUAUUCAGUGUUUCUGUUAUUCUUUUCUUUUAAAAUGUUUUAUGGAGAAAAAAAAUAGAAUAGAAUGGAAUUUAUUGUCAUUGCACAUCUACAAGUAUAGAACAAUGAACCUGUCCAAGAAACAUAAAAAGACAGCUCACAUACAGAGGGGGACAGGAACUGUUGGGUCGCCACAAAAGCAGCUUUUUUCUUAGAUGAGAAAAAAGGAGAACAGGAGGGAGGAAGAGGGGAAAAAGGCAACUCCAAACUAUGCUCCUGUAAAACAACAAAAUUUGCACUUCAAGAUCUCUUUCUAAAACUUUAUCUUACAAGGAGGGGUCUUCUUCUAAGAUUAUCUCAUGUGUCUCAUGGGUACUGUUAUAAUAUCCUCCACCUUUUCUGUGCGACUGGGUUUAUGUUGCAUGUUACGCAAAACUGCUAAGCAUGGUUUCAAAACUAAACAACAGCUGCACAAGUUCAGUGAGAGCAGUUCUUUGACCGCUAUUGUUCUGUAGGUACACAGCCCGUCCUGGAUGCACCAUCAGUCAUACCUCAUGCAGCCAGCUGUGAGUAUCUCUCUUGUUCUCCUCCCUCGUGUUUGCCAUAUUCACACCCUGGCACAAAUAUCUGAUAAAGAAGCUAAGUACAAAACAGCUACAGACAACUUUAAGACAACUGGAAUUCAUUUAAAAAAAUCUUUGGGAGACAAAAUUAAGUUCUAGGUCUGACCCUAUACUACCAGAUUUUUGUCUCUCUUUUUGUACUGGAUUUAAACACAGUAAUGAACUUGUGGAUGAUCAAUGUCUGGUGUUUCUACACGUCUACAGGGUACAGUUAUAACCCCAACAAUGGAUCACGCCAUGUCCAUCCAGCCCACGUCCAUGAUGGGACCUCUCACCCAGCAGCUGAGCCACCUUUCUCUGGGCAGCACGGGCACAGUCAGUACCAAUCGCAAAGACACGCACAUACACUGUAUAAGGCAGAAAAACUCUUUCUGUAGCAAACUGCCCUAAAAACACAAGAUUAACGACUGUUUAUUUCCACAAACAAUCUGUGCUUUCCUCUCUGCUUUCCUUACAGUAUAUUCCGGCCAACACAUCUAUGCAGGGGACCUACCUCCCCCAGUACACCCCAGUGCCUCCCUCCAGUGUCCCAGUAGAGGUAUCAAGUUAGCUUUAACCUUAACUGCUUACAUUAACAAUGUGUGUGUAAAGAAAAGUGAUAAAUAAAGCUUUUAUAUGUCUGUAUGUACUAAAGCUUGAGGCAUCUGUGCUCUUAGCUGCUGUUUGGAGCAGGCCAGGUCUCAGUUGUAUGUUUUUUCAGAAGUGGUGGAUUGAGGCCUUUAAGCAAGGAAGGUCAUAUUUCAUAUUUGAAGACUUACAGAGUUGGACUGUGUCCAGGUGCACUGAAUUUGUGUGCUAGAACAAACAGAAAAGUCAAAUAGGCUUUAAUUUUUUCUGCAGAUACAAACAGAAAUACAUCAGAGAGUUUCUAAGGCUGGAAAGUGAUGUUGGACUGUGUUGAUUUAUGCCCUACUUUAGAUUAAAGAAAGUCUUUAAAGGACAGUUUCAACUCAGUUUAAAAAUAAUCCUCAUUUCCUCUUUCUGUCCUGGUUAGAUCAAUAUACUGAACAAAAUGUUCACCUGUACAAAAACCUCACAUUUAAUAGCUGCCUAUAGUGUAAAGUUUCAGUGCAUCUUAGUUAUAUUACUGAAAUGUUAAUUAUAUGAGUCACUGACGCAGCAGGAGAUUAAGUGAGUUUUAGAGCUGUAUUUAAAAUGAAAUGGUUCUACAUUGAUUAUAUGCAAUUAUUGCACCAACUGAAAUCAGACUGUAUAUACGCACAGGCACACACACAAACGUACGUCAGUAUAUCAUGGAGUGGGUGUUAAAUGAUGUUCAAGAUGAACAUUUACUUGGAAAGCAGCCUCAUCAGAGAGUCUAGCCCCAACCUACUAAUGUCACUGGCCAACAAUUUUUAAGUCUGUUAGCGUUCACCACCUAAUAAACCCGAUCACUUCUGUGUUAAUGAGUGUAAUCCCAACAUUCUGUAGAUGUUGACUAAAAAUAGAAAUUGAUGGUUUGCUAAUUAUUCCAACCCCAUGUAUAGUUAAAAAUAAUGCACAUCAUCAAGCAUCACCCUUUCUUUUCACAACACUGUGAACAUGUUGAAACUGAAGAGACACCCCUCUGGUGUUUUGAAAGUUUAAUACCUUAUGCCAUUCUUCGAUACCAUUCAACACAGGGUCUUCUUUUUUUUCGCUUAAUUCACCAAAUGUUUUCAGUGCAUGGCAGUGCAGCACUCAUACUCUUUUACUAGAGAGCUUUGCUGUUAUAAAGCACAUGCAGAUUUUGACUAGAGAGUCCUUAUCGUUUUCUAAAGCUCUUCUGCCUGAGGGUCCUUAAGAUCAGUAUUGAUCUUCUGCCUGUUUUUGUAUUUUUGUACAGAGAUUUCUCCAGACUCUCUAAAUCUUUUUAUGGCAUUAUCUAUUAGAGAUGAUGAUAUCCCCACGUUCUUUUACAAUUUUAUCCAAAGAAAAUACAAUCUGGACUCAUGUAACCGUUUGCUCAUGCACUCUGACAGAGUGGUAAACCUUUUUCCAGCUUUACUGCUGAAACACACAGCUUCUGUGUGACCCCCUCUUUAUACCAAGUCCCCCCGUUGCAAAUUAACCCCAUUAGCUUUUGUUGGUGUUGUUCCUUCAGGAAUUUAAAAGUACACAACUUUUUCACUGUUCUAUUGUCCCUAACCCAACUUUUAAAACAAUGUGCUGAUGGUAUAAAAUUUGUGACGAGCAUAUAUUUGUCAUGAAACAAUAACAGGGUCUCAGCUUUGUUGGACUUGGGUUUGCUUUAUCUGUCCUUCUUGUUCUAUCUUAUCCUUUAGCAUCUUGUUUUAAGCACUCAUUGCCUAAACAAUAUGGAACCUGCUUAAAUGUGAUAUUAAAUACAUUUUUAUUCCCUGUUUUGUGCUGUACAGAGACUUAGUCAUAGUCUAUUAUUCAGAGAUUUUUCAGGGUCUGGCAGAGUGAUCUGCAGGGGUCUUGAGUUAUUUGUUGGAAGGUGGAGCUCAUUAAAGUGGUGGGAGCCAGCAGGAUGAGCAAAACAGUGAAUGGGAAACAGAGCGGAUUUAUUAAUGGGAAGAUAAACACAAGUAUUUAACCAGGAAUUGAGGCUGUCAUUGGCUGAAUGGGAUUAAAAGGGAGGGUAUGGAAAGGGAAGCUGGACAGAGUGAAGGAUGUUACAGAUUUCGGAAAGUUUUUUAACAAAUUUCAGCCAUUUGAUCCGACUGUGCUCGGUUUAUUUGGCUCCAAGGUCAAUCAUAUUAUAAAAUUAACAGUUUUAUCCUUUAUAAAUUGAUUAAACCUUGUUGUUUGUUUGAAGUAGUCUUUGAAUGGGUCUUUUUUUUUUUUUUUUAACAGGAGAACGGUGGUCAACAGCAACAGGUUGCUAUGGAGACCCCAGCCGAACACACAAACUACUCAUACCAACACAAUAAGUGAAACUAAGGUAGGACAUGGAAGUGUCUCUGCUCUCUCCUUGAUGUUUUUUAAGAAAUCCACUCUCGAAAUUCUUUAUUGGGAAUAACCCCUCGAGAUGAACCAUCUCGUUUUCGAGGGGAUCCUCAAAUACAGAUACGUAGAAAUAUAUAUCCAUGGAAAACAAAACAAAGCCAACAAUAACAAAACAAAAUAAACAAAGCAAUAACAAAUAAAUGACACAAAAGAGAAAGUAAAGAAUAAAAAGAUAACCAAGAGGUAUCACAAAAUACACAAACAACAAAACACAAAGCACAUAUAUGAAAAAAAAAAUUGCGUCAAAGAUCUGAUAUACUGUAACUAGUGAAAGCAUGAACAAGUGAUCUCCAGAUGAGAGGACAGUGGGUUUUGAAUAGUUGAAAUGAGGUUAUCGAUCGAAUCUGAACAGGUAGAUUGUUCCAAUCAGUGGGAGCUUUGUACCUAAAAGAUUUUUUGCCAACUGAGUUGCAUACAUUUGUUGGAACUUUAAAAUAAAUCUGUGCACAAUGACGAAGAUGAUGAUUAGAUGUGCAGGGGUCCAUAUACUGCUUAAGAUAUUGUGAAUAUUGUGAAAAUGAAUGCAUUUGAAGAUGAACUGAAACCAGUGCUGCUGUUGUCUAGCUAAAGGAGAUAGAAAGUCCAGGUCUUCAUACAUGGUGCAAUGAUGGGUCAAGUAAGAACAGCCAAGAACAAAUCUGCAUAAGCGGUUGAAAAGUGUGUUAAGCGGAAUAAGGUUGGUCUUAGGUGCAGUUUGAUAAACAACAUCAGCAUAGUCCAUGAUGGGUAAAAUGAGUUGGCGAACAAGUUUCUUUCUGACAGUGAAAGUAAAACAUUUUCUGUUGUGAAAUAAAACACCAGUACUAACAUUGAUUUUCCGGACAAUGUUAUCUACGUGACACUUGAAUGAAAGUUCUGAGUCUAGCCAUAGUCCAAGAUAUUUCAAAUGGUCAACUCCAUGCAAUUGCGUACCAUCGAGACAAGUGAUAUUUAAUGAUUCGUUUAUGCUUUUGGAUGCAAGAUUUUGUUUUGUCCCAAACAGCAUAGAGUAAUUUAUUGGCAAUAAGCCAAGAUUCAAGCUGAGAGAAAUUUGAUUGCAGUGUUGAUUGGAUUAGUGGUAUGGUAGUUUGAGAUGUGUAUAUUACUGUGUCAUUUUUAUACACAUGAAGAGCCAAACCAAAACCUCAUUCAUUGAGUGACAGUCAAAAUCUGGUCUUUUUCUUAACCCAGAAUUAUCCUAUCAUCAUACACCUUUUAAACAACACAUUUAUUGUUUAUACUAUCAUUGUGUAAUGAUCAAUGCAUUUACUCAUUCACUAAUUUUAAGGCAGUCAGAUGAUCCAUUCCAGAGGUUAUUUUACAAUUUCAGAUGAUAAGUUUUCGUUGAGUUUUCUAAUGUAUGUGUAAAGAGGACUUUUAUCGCUCAUACUGUAUGUUUGUGAACAUUAACCUAUAAACUAAUUAAGCUGAUUGGCGUGUCAGUACUGAGCUGUGUGCAUUUGUUUUAGUGGUGGGAAUCACUAGUGGCCCCGUGAUUCAAUAUUAUCACAAUACUUGGGCCAUGAUUCAAUACUACUGCAGAGUAUUGCAAUACCAUAUAUAACAAUUUUUACAUUUUUUUUCAACUGUUUAGCUACUUUAGCAUUUGUUUUUCCUGCAUGUUUGUCCUAUCAACGCAGUAUUUUAUUUUCAUAUAGCACUUCUUGCAAACCUCAUGUGUCAUGUCGAUCUCAUCUGUGCCCUGCUUGCAUUCCUAAUGUCCUUCCCCAGAUGCUUCCAUGUUUGUUGUACUUUCUCCUGUCUCCAUGACGUCACCUCAGCCGACCUCACCGGACAAACAAUUGAUUUUAUUUUUCCUUUAUCAUAGACCUGAGAUCAUAUUAGCUAUUAAUUUUUUAAAAAUUGUUAUUGGUAAAAGAGACGAUAUGAUAUAUCAUCAGACAAAAUAGUGUGAUACUAUGCUGUAUUGAUUUUUUCUCCCACUCCUAAAUGUGUUUGUAUGUUUUGUAGCUCCCAGCAGGGUGGGCCGAGGGCAUGGGAUGAAUCCAACCUAACAGGAUUCAGCUGGAGGAGAUCUGUGCUCCAUCACCAAGCAUCCCAGACUUGAACAUGGAUAACAAAAGGAACAUAAGUGUGCGUGCGUGUGUUGGUGUGUGAUUUUGUGUGUGUGUGUGUGUGUGUGUGUGUAUGUAUGUAUGUGUGAGUGUGCAUGUAUGCUAGAUUUUUCUUUUUUUUUUGUUUUCCUUUUUUGUUUUUUAUGAAAAAGGACAACACUCAUGUCAUUGGACUUCACUGCUAAUAUCCUCAAGAGUUGAUCAACCAAAGGUUGGGGAUCUUCCUCACAGAAGCCAAGAUCUAUUUUGAUUACUGAAAAAAGGAACAACAAGAAGCUGAAAAAAGAAAAAAAAUUAAGAGAGGAGGAAAAGACAUAGAGCAUUAUUUUUGUGCACGUAUAUAUCAAAUCCUUAUUUUUAAAAAAAGCAUUCUGGGCGUUUCAGGGUGAUUCAAGGAAGAGUUGAAACACAAUGUGUCUUUUUUUCUGUAAAAUAUGCAAACUUUAUUUUUGAUUUCCUGAAGUCUGAUGUUUGACAUUCUUUUUGCAGCAGUGGGGGCAAGAAUUUGUACAGAUUUAGGAACUUUCACACGUUUUGUUGGUCUAAUGUGUCAUUAUUAACCGUUUAAAGCUACUUCUUCCUGUAACUGCUGCAGAGAUUUCUACUCACGCACAGAUGAAAAUAACAUUGUUUAUAGUUUGGACAAAUUAUUUUUUUUACUUUAAACCAUUCUUCCAUAAGUGAACAAAAGACAAUCAAUUAUUUCUAUUUAUAUUGAAUUAUAGUUCUAUUUUUUAGAGUUUGUAGAUUAUUGGAACAUACAUUUAUAAAAAAAAAAGAAGCUAUUUAAUACUGUAGUCUCUAAAGACAAGAACGGACAUUAAUGAACCAUACCCAACACUGGGGAUAACCUAUUUUAUUUGGCCUGUGAAAUGAAUUAAAAAGACAUCCAGAUGACGCCUGUUCACAUGAACAGUCGUGUUGUUUUGUUUUGAUGUACGAUGUAACUCUGCGUUGCAUCCGUGUCCAUGAGAAGUGGUUUUAAGCGGUUUUGUUGCAGCAAACCUUCAGGUAUCAUUAAAUUCAUCCUCUGCCGUGAGAAAAAAGAGAACGUGCUUCAGAUUUGAUUUGUUACUGAGAGAUUGUGUGUACAAAGAGCAAUGCAGUUUCUAAAUUAAGAUGUAGUUUAGCAAAAGUAAUGAGGGAAAUCAAAUAGAGGACUUACACAAUCCCCGGUGAUAGUUUGUUCAAAAGGAAAGGGAGUUUUAAGUCUUUUUUCAAUGCUGCUGUUGUCACCUGAGUUUGAUUAUCUGUCAGCGAGUUUUAGUUUAUAGAAAGUUCAGUGUUCUGUUUUUGUUUCUUUUGUCUGUCACUUGAAAGUCUAUUGAGCUAAUUUGCCUUAUUUUUGAUGAAUUUAUCCUUGAAGUAGAUAGGUUUAUAGCUGUAGAGUUUAGGUUUUUAUAGAGUAGAUGUUGAUCCCCCCCACCACCACCUAAUGAUUGACGCCGUUUUCUUGUGCACAUCAAAUUUCCUCUGGUUUUGUUUUCACACAUUUUUUCCAUUGUUAACCUGUCAUCUGCCCUCAUAUUGUGUGGGGCCUGUUCAUAGAGAGCCUUUGGGAGCGGAGAGCUGAACCAAACAAUGAGUUCAUUUAGUGCUGAUCCAAAAGACAUACUGAUGCUGCAUCUGUGUUGUUGCUCAAAGAGGCUCCACACAUCAAAGCUCCGGUAUGUUUUAGCAGUGCUCCAAAAUAUGUUGGACUUUAAUUUAUACAGACAUCAAUAAACUGUAGAUAUGUAGAUAUGAGAGAGAUCAUGGUUUUUACGAAAGGACUGCUCACUAGACCAAGGAAGUGCCAUUAAAGACGAUUCUUAUAGCCUUUAGUGAGACAGCUCCUCCGAAUGAAUUUGCGAGUGAUCGAAAAUUCUGCAAAAACUAUCUGAAGCUAAGCCUUAAUGUUUUCUCUGGAUGAACUGCCUCUUCUCGUAGGGUCAAAACUAAGUUGUAUAUAUGCUACGGAAAUGACAACAGGCUUGUUUGAAUGCCAUCGAGUUUAUGCUCAUCAGUCAAGUUAGCUGUAGGGUCUCUGAGGGCUUUUUCUUCCUGCUCCUCCUUCAACGUCUUUGUUUGUUUCCUGUGAAAAAGAGCGUGAAAACAUUCUUCUCAAAGCUCACAGUUUGAUGAUUCUGUUUUUGUCUUCAUAUUUUUACACAUGUUUUGCUUUGUUUUUCCAUUGUUCAUUUCCACAACCAAAGAUGUUGCUGCCACCCACCUUCUUAGCUCUCAGUCACUGGUCCAAAACGCUGUUUUCUGGUUCUGAUGGUCAGUAACUCGCACAAACUAUUUCACAUUUUGAGUGCUUUUGUUUUGACUCUUUGACACAGCUUUAUUGAGUACAUGAAACUAAAGAUAUUUCAUCUGAUUAAAAUAAGAACAUCUCAAGAAACAAUAUGGUUUUGACAGUUUCCCUCAGAAUAUGUCAUGGGUAAUUUGAGUGCAUUUAAAGUACUCAUUGCAGACUUGAUCUUCUGCUGAUGCCCACAAAGAAUUCAUAGCCAUUUUCAGACACAAGAGCUAAUUCUGUAAAUAGUCUUUUUUCCUCUCUUUUCACUUCCUCUUUACACAUUUGUGUUUGUUUCUUUUUGUGUGUUUUUGUGAUUUCUUUUUUAUGAUUUUAUGACCUGUCCAGAAAACACAGUGAUAAGCAAGUUGUUCAGAUUCAGUGCACCAUGAAGGAAAAUGUCAUGGAUAUUGUUUAUAUGUUCAGAGAAAUGAUAUUCCAUGUAUUAGCCAUCACUUUUAAUACAGAAACCGGAUUUUGAAACUAUGAAAUGACCACUUGUUACAAUGCCAUGUUUAUUUAUUUUUAUGUUUUUAUAUUAAGAAAAAUUGUGAUGCUCCAAAUUUAGUUAGCAUUAGGAAAAUCGUCAUGAAAUUGGUUGUAACUCAAAGAUCAGUGGUGUGCAAUGAAUAAAGCACACAAUAUUUGAAAGAAAAAAAUCAGCUUGCACUUAAUUUUUCAGUUCACUCUUAUUUGAAAUGCUCUUUUUGUCACUAAUGUCCAUUUAAUGGCUUAUUUCAUAGAUUCAAAAUGUUUUGCUGCUAAAACAGGAUUUCCAAGCAGAUGUUCAGACGCUGCCUGAACCGGAUUUUCAAAAUGUGCUCCAUUAUUUCGAGUAUCCAGGUUGUUUGCAUCAUGACACCAAUGAACAGAAUUAGAUUUUCCAAUAUUGCUAAAUUGAGGUUUAAAUUGUCGUAUCUGAACUAAAACAAAGUGAAAAAUGUUGCCCUAAGUGGACAUUCUUGAACCUAAGAUGAAAAACAGCCUUGACUAUCCACACUGUAUGAUUCAAGUUUGUCUGAUUUGCAGACAUAUUGGAAAUCCUGCAGGCUCGUCUCACCCUCUGCUUGAGAACAGUUUUCUUAUUUAUACAAGAAUUCAUUUUGUACAGUUUUGUUAGAGGAAAGAGGUUUUGAUAUUUGGUUAUUUUGCAAAGCCAUUUGGCUACUUUUGUCUUCCUGUGCCAGAGUUGCUAAAUUGUCUGUAACUUGUGUUUUUUUUAUUGAUUAAGAUUUUCUUUCUUUCUUGGUUUUCUCUUUGAAUUUGAAUAUGUCAAUUUUUCCUUUUUUUUAAUAAAAGUCUUGUUUCAUUGAGCGAGUUAACUGUCUCUUCAAUUGUCCGUCUGAAGUUGGUAUAAAAGUGAGUAGAUAGCAUUAUUAUUGAUCACUGUCUCGGGAUGUGACAUUAUCAAUUGCACAGUAUAGUCUGUCUCAAGAAAGACAACAUGUGGCAUCAAAUUUAAAAAUUACCAUAUAUUCUUCAUAAAGCAAAAAUACUUCAUAGUUCAUACUUUUUGUGUUAUGUUUAGUCAAUUGUUAUGGUAAAAUGUUUAACUGAAUUUGCAGCAAACUAGGAUAACUUGAGGAUUUAACAUGUGGUGGUUGAUGGUAGUCACGGUGCAAAACCACAAACAUAAAAUGGAAAACUGGCUUUGUCCCAGUAGCUAGUUUUGUCUCAAUCAGAGGAGGCAGAGUUGGUCAUAGUGCACUUGCUGCAGAUAUACACUACAGGCCAAAAGUUUGGAAGCAAGAUCAAUUUGUACAAAGAAAGGUCAUAGUUUCAUAUAUAUAAUUUGCAACACAUUAAACACGACUAUUCUUCUUCUUCUCUCUUGCUUAGACUUUGCUUUCUUUAAAGUAACCUCCUCUGGCUUUAACAACAGCUUGGCAUAUACCAGGCAUUCAUUCCACAGGUUUUUUAAGGUAUGUUCUAGGGAUUGCAUUCCAAGCUUUCUUAAGAUCAUUAAAAAGAGACUGAUGAUUCGUGGGACGCGUUUUUCUGACCGAUAGAUUCAAUUCAUCCCGCACAAGCUCAAUUGGAGAAAUGUCUGGAGACUGAGGGGGCCAAACCAUCUUUUGAAGAACACCUUCCUCUUCUUUUUUGUCUAGGUAACCCUGACAGAGCUUAGCAGAGUGCUUAGGGUCAUUGUCUUGCUGCAAAACAAACUUAUGAGCCACAAGUCUGAGUCCAGAUGGAACAGCAUGGUGCUGGAGGAUGGAGUGGUACUGUUCCUUCUUCAUGAUACUCUUUACUUCAAACAAAUCUGCUACUCCAUCACCUGCAAAACAUCCCCAUACCAUGGAACUACCACCUCCAUGCUGAAUUGUGGGUGUAACACAUGGUGCUUUCAGAAGUUCACCAGUUUGUCUGCGGACAUAGACUCUGCGUUUUGAACCAAACAGUGCAAACUUGUUUCUAGUCAUCAUAAGUCCAAUUUUUGUGAGCUUUUGCCCACUCAUAUCUCUUUUUCUUCUUCUGUGGACGAAGCAGUGUUUUUUUGCAGAUACACAACCCUUCAGACCAGCCUUUCUCAAACGUCUUUUCACCGUUGUCAGAGAUAUGGGUUUCGACCUUGUCAUGUUGAUUUCCUCCCUUAUUUUUGGUGCUGUCUUUUGCCAAUCUCUCUUACUGGUGACAAUGCUAUGUUUAUCCUCUGCUUUUGUAGUAACUCUCUUUCAUCUAGGCCUUUUUCUAUCAUCAUAACUUUCAGGUUCCUCUAGUCUCUUCAGAGUGUAGUGGACUCCUUUGUUAAAUACCUUUAGGCGUUUUGCAAUUUCUCUUUCUGUGUAUCCUUCUUUCCUCAAUGUACAAAUCUGCACUUUUGUUUCUUUACUCAGUUGCUUCUUUCUAGACAUUUUUGCGGUAGUUUGAACACAGUUGAGAUUUAUUAGGAUUUUUAUAUGCAGACUCUCAAAAGCCAAAAAGUUGAAGUGAAUAAUCCAACUGUGAUUUGUUUUUUAUGCUUUUGCACUGAAGUUGUGACUCUUGCAAAUGUUUUCAACCCUAAAAUUAAGCCCUUAUUUUCUUUUGAUGACAUAUAUUUAGCAAUGGUCUGUUAACAUCAAUGUACAUCUAAAGGUAAAUGGAGUAAAAUGGUACAUUUCCAUGAAAGCAACAUCUGAUCAUGGAGUAAAUACAUCCCAAAAUACAUAUAACUCAUGCUGGAUUUUAAAAAAAGUAUUGUGAACAAAAACUUAAGUUACUCCAAAUGUUCGACCUGUAAUGGCCUUGCUUCCAAAGUUUUGGCCUGUAGUGUAUAUAAAAAUAUGCACUGUGCUCUCAGCUGACUCCACUUGUUACAGGAAUGCAUCACUCAUGGGGGAAAUAAGAUGAACUUUAAAUGUCCGAUGAUCCACCUCAAUUAUUUGUGUCUUGUCAUCAUUAUGGUAACGAAAACAACAUUAGUGAUGUAUUUUAGCUUGAUGUUUCCCAUCUUCAUCAUGGAAAAAAAGGCAGGGCUGUCAAACAUUUAUUUUAAUAAUGUUCAUGAACAAAACUGACACCACUUUGCAGUUCAAAUGUGUUGCAGGGUUCACUCAACAGGCUGACUGAUAGUCAACAUGGGCGGGAUUCUCAUAUGUACACUGACAAAACAUCUUUUUGUAAAACUCCCAUAUCAGCCUUCCACACACACAUUUUACAUGAUGAGUUUAUUGCACUCUUCUUUACACCCUAAGUAACACCCUUCAUAUCAACCUUUAUUAAAACCUUAACAACACUCUUUAUCACGUCCUUUGUAACACUCUUCAAUACACCCUUUACACCGUUUAUAACAAUAUUCAUACUUACUUUAACACCCUUCAAAACUCCCUUUACAUGCCCCAGUAUUAAAUCCUUUAUAACAACUCCAAUAAAACCCAUCAUUUCACUCUUCACAAUCACCCUUAACAAAGCAUCUAUUACAUACUUCUAUACAACCUUUACAUUGUUAAAAGAAAGUUUUGAAACACCCUCUAUAACAGUCCUUAAUAACAUCAUUCUUUAGCCUUUAAAACAUGCUUCAUUAGACCCUUUACAACAACCCUUAUGAACCCUUCAUUACACCCUGUAUAAACCCCCUACAGAACAUCCUUUAUAUCAACCUUCAUAAAAUCCUUGAUAACAUCACACAUAACACCCUUUAUGUCAAACUUCACAAGUUCCUAAUAAAACCCUUCAGAACACCCUGCAUAAUAUCCUACAUGACACUAUUCAUUACAUCAUUCUUAAGACCUUUUAAAACCCCUUUCAUAACACCCUUUCACAACAGCCUUUGUAAAACCCUUCGUAACACCCCUCAUUACAUUCGUUAAAACACCUUAUGUGACGCUCUUCUUAACACCCUUUAACACCAUUCAUUACACCCUUUACAACACCAUUGAUAAAAAUAUAUUACUCCCAA